CCUUCUCUUCCCUCGGCGGCACGGCAGCCCCCCUCUCUCCUCCAGGCCCGGGGAAAGGCAAACGGCGGCCAGAGCAGCCCCUGCUGCCUGCUGGAGCCGGCGGCCCGGUGGGGCGCGGCCAGUGCAUGAGGGCAGCGGGCGGAGGCGCCGAAGAAGAAGGAGGAGGGGGAGGAGGAGGCGGGGGCGGCGAGUCCUGCCCGCCCGGGCACUGGCAGCCCCUGCCGCUGCCGCCGCCGCCUCUCCUUGCCGGGCCCGGGAGGCUGAGGCCGCCGCGUAGCGCCCGGGACAUGCGGCCUCUCCAGCCGCAGCCAUCGCCGAGGAGACGGGGGACAUGAGGCUCCGCAAUGGCACCUUCCUCACGCUGCUGCUCGGCUGCCUCUGCGCGCUCUUCUCGCUCUCCUGGUACGGGGCCUUCGGCGGGCACAAAGGUAAGGACGGGACUCGCUCGGAGCCGGGCGGGGAGGGAGCCAGGGAGGGUUCCCGCCUUACGCACUGCGCCUGGCCGGGGAGGAGAGGGAGCCCCCACCCCAGGCAGAACCCGAGGGGGAGAGGCAGCAUCUCCCCCCGCCCCAGGGGACCCCAAAAGGCCGCCGCCGCCGCCACCUGCUGAGAAGGUCCCCUCCUAGUGCUGGAUGAGGCCAGGAGACCCUGACAUGCAACUUAAAUGUUUUUCUGGGUGCCUCUGGCAACUGAACCGCAUUUCGAGUUUUGUUGGAUUUGGAGAGGCCAGGCGUCCCCAGAAAACCUCCCAGAUUCCUUGACACCUAGCACUGCCUCCUCUUCAGGUCUUUCCCACAUGCCAGAUUGCUGUCUGGCCAUUUGUUUUUUCCUCAAUUCCUCUUUUCCUGCUUCUGACGCAAAAAAGCUCCCUUUUUCUGAGAAAGUGGUGGUUAAGGAUUCCCACCUACCCACCACCAUUUUUCUCUGUGCCCUCACAGAGAGUGUGACAAAAUCUGUUCUGUGGUUGCCUCUUUGGAACAGGUAGUGUCUCUCACCCUAACUCUCUUUGUUUUUUUACCCUUGUUUUGUUUAGGCUGCUCUUUGAUAGAACAUCUAAGACUCCCAGCAUUGCCUAUUUACACAGGAUGUUUUUAUGUGUGCAGGUUUUUAACUCGGGGCUGUAGCCAAAGUGGCCAGGCAGGGCAUGCAACCCUUGUGUUCAAAAUGGCCCUGAACUUUAUACUGCUCAAAGUGAACUGAAGGGGAGGAAAUUGAGUUCUCCAGUCUUGACCUGUGUUCUUGAAGACUUUUUGUAUGAUAUCUGUAAGCUUGCCUGUUGAGGGAAGGCGAGUGGGUUAGCUUGACAUUGCAUCACUGCUGUCAUUGAUUGUUGUAUUUAUUUAAGGGCAGCCAAGCAGUUAUCAAAUAAAGCAGUUUGUUCGUAUGCCGCUAGUUUUCUUUCCUUUUUUUUUAUGCAUUUAGUGCCUCUUUGCAUCCCUCUCUCCACAUCCUGCAUUUUAUCUGAACAUUAAGCAUUUUCCCCAUAUCUUCCUCUGUUGGUGUUUUAAAUAAAAGAAAUACAGUUGUAAUCGUGAACCUCCCUAAAAGCAAUUUACCUCUUAUGACCUGGAAGCUGUACACCGGCUCCCUUGGCCACUAAAGCGAGAUGAGCGCCGCAACCCCAGAGUUGGUCGUGACUGGACCUAAUGGUCAGGGGUCCCUUUACCUUUACCUUUAUGUUUUGGUAAAGUGAUGGCUAUGGCACAUUAACGAGGGACCACAUUUGAUGGAGGUAGAGCAAGAGACCAUGUUGGAGGCAUGUUAUUAGGUCUUCGAGAACUGCUUCACAUGCUACUUUUUACGACUUGUAGCUUCAUGUUGGAAAGAACACAAUAAUGUGUUGAAUGGUGGCUCUAGUGUUGUUUUUUCACUCUAAAAUGCAUAUGCUGGAAAGGUGAUAGACUAUCUGGCAGCUAACUUCAUAAUGUGGGAGGAUGAAAAAUAUUUGCAUCACCACUCACUUGUUUACUUUUCUUGAGGCCACUUCAUAUAUUACUUUUUCAUAAACAGAAAUUGGAUCUCUGUAUUGGAAAAUAUAUUUUCUAUAUUAAGAAAAAGUGUUUUGUAAAAUAUGAAGGACAGUGGCUGACCAGUCAGUUAUACCCUUGUAAAGGAAUUGGUCACAGUUAAUGUAUUGCAAAUAAAAGUGUUCCCCUAUAAUCUCAGGGGAACAAUCUAACCCUUGCUCCUUAUGCACAAUAGGAACAAAAUCUAUCUUGGAAAUGUUGUGCAUUGUUGGGGCAAGAUGUGAAUAAAUAAAAUAAAACUUAUACUUGUCCCUCCCAGACCUUCUUUCUGGGCACUUUGAUGUAUGUAUGGUAUGUAUGGUAGUGGUAGUGUUAAGGAUGACUUGCAUGGAUAAUUACAUUAAGAACUUGGGCAAGAAUUUAUACCUACGAUUCUUAUCAAGGACUAUUGCUGGGGUCCUUGAUAACAGGGAGCUAAGAAUCGCAACGGUGAACAAAAAUAAUAAAGGUAGUGCUAGCAAUUUUUGUUCUGGGGUAGUAAAAAUUGACUUUAUGUUGGUGUCUGAGAUGUGACCAUUUCAGGCGCAGUUCAUUCUGGCACCUCCUCUCAUGUUCUUUUCUGUUUCACUUUAUGACCUUAUAUUACACCACAUCUGGCAGUAGUGGUUAUUUCCAGUGUAACAGUAUUAAGAAUCGGGGUUGCUAUACUGUUGUAAACCCAGUCCCAAUCCUCAUCAGAGUUGCAGUGCCACAGUUCUGCAAUAUUACAGUUGCACAACAAUCCUUGUCCUCAGUUAUAUGCACCACAUUGCUGGCACAGUAGUUCAGAUGAGUAGACACUUGACUGCUGAGAUGUAAGUUUAAUGACUGAGGAGCAUCAGUUGUCUGUCAAGAUGAAAGUUUAGUUACUGAGUUACACCUGCAUUCUGAUCCCAUUAUUAACUACUUAUGCUAUUGGAAUAACAGAACAACAUGUUUAAAGAGGUCUGUUCCAAAAGGAGCUUUGGAUUUUAGGAUUGGGCUAUAACAUUAUCAGAUACCUCACUUUUGUUUUUGUAGAAAUAUCUAGUUAUCUACUUGUCAAAAGGCCUAAGGAUUAUUCUAUUUGUGGUCACAAGCAUCCCCUUUCUUCCAGUGAUCACACAGUUAUAAUUUUGCAACUUGUCUUAUUUUCUUCACCACAGAAAACUAUUUAAGUGCAGCAUAAAUCAAAUCAACUUUCCCAUCAAGUUACAGAGGGAAUAUCAUACUGGUUGUGCAGUUCACUCCCUUAGUCUUGUUAGCACCGCCACCCACAAGCUAAUAUAUACACCUAGCUCCCAUCAGUUAUGCUGGAAGAGCAGCAAAACCCUGUCAAUGGUUGUAGGACAAGUUUGCAUUGUGAAAGCAAUAAUUUCUAAAGUAGGCUCUCUCAAGACUAGUACAUUUUUAUCUAUUUGAGAAAAAUUGAGAGAGUUUUGUCUUCUUCCUUCACCUCAUAAUUGUUAUGAUGGUACAGAAUAUCAACAGAGGUAAAAAAAAAAAAAGGUCCUGAAAUUAAUACAUGCAUGGAAUGCAUAAACCAGUGUCAAACAAAGAGGGCCAUGAUACAUUAAAAGGGGGGGGGGGCACCUCAUGAAAAAGAGAGGAUUGCCAUUGGAUCUAGGACUGUAUUCUCUCUUUACUUCUCAAUAACUCACAGCUACAGUCCUGAAGUAGUUUUGGUCAUAAAGAAUCCAUUGUAUAUAUGGAUUGAUCAGUGCUUGGAAUAGAAAGGUUUUCCUUUAGAUGCUGCUUAACUGAAUAAGAGGCAACUGUUGCCUCUGUCUAGUAAACUUAGUGCUGUUUUGUUUUUUACUGUUAGGAAUGUAGGCAACUGCCUUUUAUGGAGGGAGACCACUGGUCCAUUUAGCUCAAGAGUUGUCCACAUUGAUUGGCAGUGGCUCUCCAGGGUUUAAGGCAGGGAACAUUGACAGCCCUAUCUGGACAUGCCUGGGAUUGAACCCGGAACCUUCAGUGCGCAAGGCGAAAGCUCUUCCACUGAGCUAUAGCCCUUCCCUAGUUGUGUGGAAUGUGUUUUGUAGAGCUCUGCCAAACCUCACCAUCUUCAAUCAUCUUACCUGGACACAGGGUUUCUUUCUCUUUGCCACUUUACCCAGCUGUUUAUACAACUUCUAUUAGCUGGUUUCUCAGCUCUUCAUCUCUCAGUAAGCUGAGUGCCCAAAGUAUUUUGUUUUCAUGAAUUGUUCAUAAUAUGGUUAACAUUAUUAUUAUUAUUAUUAUUAUUAUUAUUAUUAUACUGGCCUACUGAGGAUUAGAUUUGGCUAUCAUGUUGCACCUUAUAUAUAUCUUAUAACAGCAUAAGAGUAUCAGUUUCCAUCACAUCACUCAUGUUUUCCUUUUUAAUAGAAUGAAGUAUGAAUGAAGUAUAACCAGGAAGAGGAACGUAUGUGUUUAAAAGUGGAUCUAGAUGUGCAGAGGCUACAGUAGUGUAGUUAGGCAAUUUUAGAUUAUGUUCUUAUGGGGACUGUUUUGAUAGUAAUGGGUGCUCCUACUCAUUCUGCUGAAGAGUGCUGUGGAAUUUUGCCCCAGGGCCUGCCUAAUGGCAUCACUGGUGGUGGUAUAUGCUUAACAUUUUAACCUGGUGAAACUUGUUGCUCCUUUUCUUAACCAGGGUGAUUGAUGUACACAGCAGAGUACAAGUGCAAGUAAAAUACUAUGUUAUUCCCUUUCUGCAUUGAUCACAUUUGCACUGGGAAUACAUGUAAGGAAAGGGCAUCUGCAAAAUCAUUGCCAACAAUAAUGGGAGCCGCUGAUUACAAGGCAGAGCGAAUCCAUCAUGCAGUCGACAUCAUGUUAUCUUUGUGACAGGGGUAGACUGGAAAAGGUGAGGGAAGGACACUGUGCAUAAUGAUUUUCUUUAGCUUUGCCUCCUUUAUGGAGUACUCUGUUUUCACAAUGCCCCAAAACAAAAGGUGCAUACUGUUAAUGGACAGUUACAGGCAUGGGCUCUUAGUGCUGCUUUGAGGGUAGCUUUGCUAAGCCUGGCCUCUGUCAAACUGCACUUGAAAGCAACCGCUUAAAGGAAUAGCCAUUCAUGGCUCUUGGUGUUAGUCUGGCAAAGCUAAUGGAUAUUGUGCAUUGCACACUGCUUAGCCUCUUUAUUAACUUAGUGUCUCUACUUUUGCUGCUAGUUUCUGCACUUUAAAAGUCAUUAGGGCCACAUCAUCCAUCUGUCUCAAGGCUACUUUACUUCCCCUUACCCAUUUAAACAAUGUGUCUUUGUUACUGCUGUAUAAUGGGUUUUGGCUUUGUGAUGCUUCUGUUACUUGCUUCCUUUGCAUUACUCAUCAGCUAAAAGGUUCUUUCAGCUGUGGUUUAAAUCUCAUUAAAACCAUUUCCCUACAGAGCUUCAGUUAAAGAGAUUUGGGGACUGAUAUCAGUGAAGAAAUUCUUUAUGGCAGCUAUUGCUGUUUGGAUCUUUUUCUUGAAAAUAUUACAUAUGAUCUGUUUUGGCACUCAGCUCUUUUGGACACUUGAAAACAUGGUCAUGUGACUGUGUGUAUGAUGACUACAAAAGAUAAAGGAAUGUGAUUUUCUAUUUUAAAAAGAAAUGGCACAUAGGUAAGCAUACCUACUGUACUGAGAUGAUCCUCCAGAUUAAAGGGAGAGUCUUUUCUGCGGUUUAUUUUUGUUGUUCACACUAUUAAUCGUCUCCUUUUAACUACAUGUAUCAAAAUAACAGCAUUUUCUCCCUGCCUCAUUAUCUAAGGGGGUUAAUCUUUCAAGUUUUUCUUCAAAAUAUGUGUCUGUGGACUAUGCUCAUAUUGACUAUUUGCAAAUAACAAGCAGUGUCUUAUAUAGGGUUGUGUCUAAUGCUGCCUGUACGUGAGCAGAAUGGAUUUCCACCCUCACAACAGAGACUUCACUUUCCUCUCUUCUCCCCUAAGCACCCUCAAAAUAUGCUAUGGAGAGUUGGGGGACUCUGGAGCAGAUUUAGGGGAUGCGGGAAGAAGGAAGCCUUGACUUUAUAGAAGAAUGUAGGAAGUGCCUGCUGGAUCAAGCCAAUGGCCCAUCUCGUCCAGCAUCCUGUUCUCACAGUGGCCAACCAGAUUACUGUGGGAAACACACAACCAGGGUUUGAGUAAAAGAACACUCUCCUCUCCUGUGGUUUCAAGCAACUGGUAUUCAGAAACUUUGCCACCUACAACUAUUACUAGCUCUUUCCUCCAUGAAUUUAAACACUAUCUCGGUUGCAUUCCAUAGUUUAUCUAUGUGCUGUGGAGUACUGUCUUUGUGCUUGAAUCUUCCAGCCUUUCGCUUCAUUGGAUGCCAUGAGUUCUAGCAUUAUGAGAGAGUGAGAAAACUUUUCUCUUGUCACUUUUCCCAUGCCAUGCAUAAUUUUAUAAAAUUCUAUCAUGUCACCUCUUGCCUUUUCUCUAGGCUAAAAAGACCCAAAUGCUGCAACCUUUCUUCACAGGAAGGAGUUGCUCCAUUCCCUUGAUUGUUUUGGUUGCCUUUUCCAAAUAUAUAAUAUCCUUUUUGAGGCGAGGCGACCAGAAAUGUGUACAGUGGUACCUUGGGUUAAGAGCUUAAUUCGUUCUGGAGGUCAGUACUUAACCUGAAACUGUUCUUAACCUGAAGCACCACUUUAGCUAAUGGGGCCUCCCGCUGUUGCCGCGCCGCCGGAACAUGAUUUCUGUUCUCAUCCUGAAGCAAAGUUCUUAACCUGAGGUACUAUUUCUGGGUUAGCGGAGUCUGUAACCUGAAGCGUAUGUAACCUGAGGUACCACUGUACAGUAUUCCAAAUACAGCCUUGCCAUAGAUUUGUAUAACAGCAUGAUGAUAUUGGCAGUUUUAUUUUAAAACCCUUUCCUAAUGAUCCCUAGCAUGUAAUUUCCUCUUUCACAGUCAUCACACACUGGGUUGACAUCUUCAUUGAGCUAUCAUCUACUAUGACCCCAAGGUCUCGUCCCUAGUCUGUCACUGCCAGUUCAGACCCCAUGAGCACAUAUGUGAAAUUAAUAUAUUUUGCCCCAACAUGCCUCACUUUACACUUGUUUACAUUGAACUGCAUUUGCCAUUUAACCAUUCACUUGGUUUGAAGAUGUCCUUUUGGAGCUAUUCACUAUUUUUGUAUUAAUGACUGAAGAAUUUAAUAUCAGCAAACUUGGCCACCUCACUUCUCACUCCUAACUCUCGUGGUGAAGCCCAUCUUGAUGGACAGGGUAUAAAUAUGAUGAGAUGAAGAAGAAGUUAAAAUGCACAGUUUCAAAUACUGAACCUUUGGGGAGUCCACUUCUACUCUCCAUUCAGAGAACUGUCCAUUCAUCCCUACUCUUUGUUUUGUGCAACUUAACCAACUCCUGAGCCAUAUAACAAUAUAAAGAGCUCCUUGUCUUUACAUCUUAUGUCUCAAUGUUUUUAGCAAUGUGUUCCUCAAAUUAUUUUUUUAGCAUUCUUUUCUUGUCUGCUUAAGGGCAGAUGGGACUCAUCAACCUGGGAAGAUAGCCCAUCUAAGAGAAGGAAAACUUACCCUAAACCUUCACUGCCUUGCAGGAUAUUUUCGGGAGAAGAAAAAGCUAAGGAGUAAACCCUACACAAAUCCGGAGUAGAGCCCCUAAGACGGUUGGAUGGCACCUUGUACACCUCCUUCCAGCAACUCCUGCAGCUAAGCUGCUGCCAAACAUAUUGCUCUGCUUUCCUUUGGACCACAUCAGCAAGGCUGAGAAAGGGGGCCUUGUUGUCUGGGCAGCCCAGGACCUCCAUACACACUGCCCAGGCUUAUGUUGCUAAUGUAGUGCUACUAAUGUAGUGGUUUGCCUUCACCCCUGGAAGCUCUCUCUUUCUUUCCACACUGAAUCUGUGAAGGAAGCAGAGUUGUGGGUUUUUUCAGCUGAAACCUGCUCAUUAGGAAGUUGACGGAAGCCAUUUAUUUAAUAGGCUACCAGGUAGCCUUGACUUCUUCCUGCUGAUUGUAGUGACGGGUUUGACUGAUGAUCUGGAGGUGGGGAAAUGCUCUGGUGGCCAAGUAGCAAUUAAACCCUUGAACCAUUAUGUUCCAGUGUGGCAGCUGCAUUCCACAAAGGAGUGACUCCUUGUCACACAUUCUGAAAUUUUUUCAGCAAAUUAUUUAUCUGAAUUAGCACCAAGUUCAAACAGAAUGUGAUCCACUUACCCAAUGCAGGCUUAUUACCAGCUGGUGAUAACUUAAACGGAUGUCUGUGGCUGUAUCUGCUUUUUGCUUAGGCUACCUGUUAUACAGGAUAACAUGAGAUUACCCUCCUCCCCCCAGUAUCCAGUAAAAGAAGGGUUGACACAAUUACACACAAAAUUUAAUGUGAAGUUGUUCAGUAAGGAUGGUGAAAUGUUAACAAAUGAUGAAGAGAAGGCAAAAAUUCCUACUUUGCCUCUGUUUUAUUUCCCAAAAGGGGUGCAACCUUACAUAAGUAGCAUAACUGGUAUGGGGGUAGGACUUCAUUUUAAGAUUGAUAAGGAGCUGGCCAGGAAGUGCCUAGCUUCUUUAAAUGAGUGCAUAUCUUUAAAGCCAAAUGAAUUACAUUUUAAGGAACUUGCUGGUGUACUAUCAGGGUCUCUUUUUAUAAUCUUUUAAGAAAACCUGGAGAACAGGUAUCAUGGGCAAGUGUCCCAACUUUCAAAGAUCUGAGAAAUUAACAGACAUUUCAGCCUGACUUCGAUAUCUAAAAAGGUAAUAGAACAGAUUAUAGAGGAGUCAAUUUGUAAGAAAUAUAUAAGCAACUUUAGUGAUUAGUAGGAGCCAGCAUAACUUUUCCUUCCUUCCUUCCUUCCUUCCUUCCUUCCUUCCUUCCUUCCUUCCUUCCUUUCCUUCCUUCCUUCCUUCCUUCCUUCCUUCCUUCCCUCCUCCUCUUCUUCUUGCCAGCAUGACUUUCUCUAGAAUAAAGUCAGCCAGACUAAUCUCUUUUUAUCAUGUAGAUUGUAGGAAUGCCGUGAUUGUAAUUUAACUUGAUUUCAACAUGGCAUUUGACAAAGCCCCCUUUGGUUUGCAAACUGACUGCAUGUGGGCCACAUGAUAGUACCAUCAGGUAGAUUCACAGCUGGCUGGAAAACCAUACUCAAGAGUGCUCAUUAAUGGUUCCUCAUCAAACAGGAGGGAGGUUGGGUCUAGUAAUCUUUAAUCCUUUUACCAAUAGGUUAGAAGGCAUGUAGGAAUCCUCAUCAGAUUUACAGAUGACACAAAACUGGGAUGGAUAGCUAACGUCUCAGAAGAAAGUAAUACAAUGAUCUUGAUAGAAGGGAAGGCUGGGCUGCAACUAACAAGUUCUACAUCUAGGCAAAUUCACCCGCAUAGGUUGGGGUAUACGUGACUGCAGUAGUAUAUGAUCUCAGGAUUGUAGCAGAUGACAAAGUGACCAUGAGCCAGCAGUGUGAUGCAGCUACAAAAACAAUUAAUGUGAUUUUAGGCUGCUUUAGUAGAACCUUAGUUUUUACACUAAGAAGGAUAUAGACAAAUUGGAAUGGGUUCAGAGAUGAGCAACAAAGGUGAUCAAUAGUAUGAAAAACAAUCCUGUGAGAUGGUUGAAGGAACUAGGUAUAUUCCACGUGGAGAAGAGAAGACUGAGGGGGAAGACGGGAUAGCGCUCUCCAAAUAUCUGAGAGGCAGUUGGUUAGAAUAAAGUAAAUACUUUUUCUCUGAUGCCUAAAAGGGGAGGACUUAAUUGGCUGAAAUUAUGGAAAGAUAGAUUUUGGUUUAACAAUGGGAUAAAUGUCUCCAUGGCAAGAGCAGAUCAACCAAUUACCUAGUUGGGUGGUAAGAUCUCUUGCUGGAAGCAUUCAGGCAGAAGUUGAACAGCCAUCUGUUGGGGAAGAGGAGGCCAGAAUAGAUAGCCCCUCAAUUCUGUGAUUCUAAGAAUUGGUGUUGGCCAGCAGUUUUGUGCUUUCUUGGUAUGUUAAGCAACUACAUAGCUUGAAAACACACUUUAAUUUAAACCCAUGGGAAAUUAGGAUAAUGUAAUGGUGGUAGUAUCUGCCCUGCAUUUCUGCUUUUAUUUCUUACCUCAUAUACCAAAAAUAUGAAGAAGGUUUGCUUUGUUUUAAGAUUUUAAUUCAGCAUCAUUUCAAAGGUGUGUGUCUGCUAUUUGGUUCCCUGUACUUUUGGAGUGGCAGACUGGGUGACAGAGGUGUUGCCUACUCUUCUGCAGUAAAAUUAGAGUUGCUGUAUGCAUAGAACUUGAGAUUUCCUGUGGUCCAUCAUCACUGCAGGGAAUACCUGUUGAAUGAUUUUUUCAAAAAGUGUCUUACUGUUUCCAUAUUGUAUUAACACCCCCCUUUUCUUUUUUUGCUAAGAAUAAAAGUAUUUGCUUCUUUUUCUUUCAUCUUUAGGUUAGCUAAGCCUUGAGUAAUCAGCCUUUUGGGGUUUUAAGAGAGAUUAUGCUGAAGUCACUUGUUCCUUUUAAAAAGUAAAGUUUUAAAACUUCUGGUUUUCUAAUAAUAAUAAUAUAAAAUUUUAUCAAAUCUCUCUUUUCCCUGUGAAAUUUUUGCUUUGAUUCCCUCUUAACUGUUACAAAACUAUUAAGGAGGUCAGGGGAACUGAAAGAACAGAACAAAAGCAGUAAUGAAAAAAUUAUUGAAACCACUUCAAGGUGGCAUUUCUUAUAUGUAGUUAAUUUUAUCCUGCCACACAUAUUUCAUUGACAUGCUGUUUUUCUAAUAGAAUAUAAAUGUUAGUUAUGAGAUCUCAGCAAAUGCUGUUGACUAGUAGUGCUCAUCUAACCAAAAUAAGGUGUGGGAGAUUGUAUCCUGGCUUGAAAAAUAAGCAAGUGUAAGACGUAAUACCUAAGGAGAAAGGCACAUUUUCCCCUUGUAGCAACAGGCAUCUCUUGUUGCGAUUCUGUUUUUAAUUAAAGAUCACAGGACAUUUCCUUAUAAUAAGCAUUUCAAGGUCCUCUGUUGCAAAAUAGGUGUUCUGUUCUUCAUCUUGACUAUCCAGGAACAAUUGCGGCACCCUUUCUUUUCUAGUUACUGUAGAGCCUUGUCCGGAGAGUUUAAAGCGAAAUGGUUCUCCUGGGGCUAGCAGUUAACCAGAUACCUUUUGGUAUUUGUUACACUUUGGCUCAGCAUUUGCCAGUAUCACAAACAUUGCAACUUGUCCAACUACAGCUUUCUAAGGAACUUGUAGACUUGGAAGGUUCAGAGGUGAUGUUUUCUCAACCAAACCUCUACGUGUGCUUUGAAGUGCCAACUUAAUAAGUGAGUAUGUUCUGUGUCUCUUGCAAGCACAGGCAGCUGCACAAAAAAACACAAACCUGACAAGCUUAAGUCCCCUGCACACAUUAAAGACAAUCUCUAUCCACCUUCAAGAGGCAUGCCUUAAGGUCCUUCUCCGCUGCCAUUGGUUCCCAGUGCAACUGUCUAAUAUAAGUAAGACUUUGUCCCCAUUAUGUUGGAAAGGCUGUUGGAAUUAUGGUUCUUUUUGCAUGCAUGGUGGGCCUGCAACACAGUGUAAAACUCUGGGAAAAGAUUUGUUUGCAUAAUAAGCUUGGAAUUAAAGCCCCACCAAUCCAUAGCCCUAUUAGUGCUGGAAAUUGACACAAACCCAGUGAUCAAGCACGAGGACCUACUGUUCUUAUUGUUGACAGCAGCAUGACUGGCUGAAUCAGAACCACCAGUGGAGACCUGGAUUAAUUACCGUAUUUUUCACUCUAUAAGAUACACUUUUCCCCUCCUAAAAAGUAAGGAGAAAUGUGUGUGCGUCUUAUGGAGUGAAUGCAGGCUGCACAGCUUUCGCUGAAGCCAGGAGACCAAGAGGGAUUGGUGCGCUCCCGCUGUGCUCAGGAGGCUUCGCGUUGCUUUCACAGAGAGAGAGAGCUGUGCAGCGCCCCUUCUGCAAAGCAGGAGGAGAAAUGGAAGGGGCUCCGCUUCUCCUGCCACUUUGCUGAAGGGGAACUGCGCAGAGAGGGAGAGAACUUUUUUUUUCUUGUUCUCCUCUUCUAGAACUAGGUGCGUCUUAUGGUUGGGUGCGUCUUAUAGAGCGAAAAAUAUGGUAUGUCUGAAGCAUGAAUUUCAGGCUAAUCUUGGAGCCUCUUGCUCCUUAAUUGGCUGUGAAUCAAUUUUGAUAUGGCAAAAGUGGUCAUCUGUACCCAUCUAUUCUUUGGUUGCUACAUCUUCCAAGUUAACUGGACAACAUGGUAUCUGAAAAGCUAGGCUUUCCAAAAUAUGACAUUGACCAAGGGUUGAUCUACAAACAUCCACCAAAAUUAGGUUGGAAAGUCUUUUUGGAACUGUGCAAUUUUGCAGUUUUAAAUGGGGUGCAUGUGUUUGUGUCACAUUUUUAACAUUCCUCCAUGUAAAAUAAACAUUAGCUUUCUCCUUAAUGUGCUAGUUUGUGCUGAGUGGGUGGUUUGAUUGUUGUUGUUUCACAUGGGUAAGCUUAAAAAUUGCUGUCUCUCGACUGCAGCAGUUUAGUCCUAGAAUUACUUAUUUUGCCAGGUGUGUAGCUUAACUGUUUGGUAUGAAGACUUGCGGUAAACGUUUUCACCAUGGUGUUGGCUUACCAAAACCUGCAUGUGAAUGUUGACUUACAACAUGUGCCAGAUUGUCUUAGAGUCAUGUUUCACUAAUCCCGGCUUAAAAUCAACCCUUUUAUAACUCAUUUUCCCACAUCUCAGAUGGAACUAUCCCUUUCAGAAACAGGGGUGGGGAGCAACUAAUGUUGUUUGCUCAGCCUGUUUGGCAGUUGUACUUUGGUAUUUGGUAUUAUUUGUAUAGCUUUUUGAACCAACAUCAACUACAUACAGAAUUACAAAAGAUGUAGCCAAACAGUUGCCCUGAAUAAUGAUAAUAAUAAACCUCAUGGCGUUUACAAAGGAGGCAAAGAAAAAGCUGAGUAUAUGUAUUAUCUCCUUUUGGAAUAAUGGUAUGACUUUCAUGGUGAAAUGUUUAAUGUCCAGUAGAAGAGACCAUUGAUUUCUGUGCCCAUGAGGAAGAAAUAUUAUAAAUGACCCUGCAUAAAUAAUAAGCUAACAGCCUGUGAUUUUAGCCCUAUUAAAGCAUUCACCUGAAAAUGUGUUGAGGGAGGAGCAGAGCAGCAAGCACUAGCCCUGCCGCCAACAUCCCUAUCCCUUCGGGCUAAAGAAUCAGACCUUCCUGCUCAUUGGGUGGAAGAACUGAAACGGGAUUCUUUGUGUGCUCAGCUGAAUGCGUUUAGAAUCCUCCGUGCUCUUCGGAACUCCAACCAUGCAAUGUUCCUGAUUGCAGGAAGGCUUCUAAUAAAUAGCAUUACACCAAAUGUGCUUAGAAUACCCUUUCAGACCUUCCUGCUCAGCGUGGGAAGGUCCAGUGGAGCUGGCAGGGCAGGUACAUGCAGGGAUGUUGGGGGUGGAGGCCAUUCAUGCUCACUGCAUGCUUUAUUCCAUCCCCACCCCCAAUCUCCAAAUAGGGCUUUUGCUUUGUGAAAAGUGCUAGUAUGUGAUAAGCGUGCCUAAGGAAAGAACAGUGCAAAACCAUAGUCUGAUUCAAAAUAAGACAGCUUCCUGUUGGUCUGUCUGGAUUAGUAUUGUCCAAGCUGACUGGCCACAGCUCUCUAGAGUUUUAGGCAGACAACAUCUCUAAGCCCUACUUAGAGAUACUGGGUAUUGAACCAGGGACUUUCUGCAUGCAAAGCAGAUGCUCUGUCACUGAGCUAUGGCUCUUCUCCAUGAGCAUUAAUAUGUGUGGCCAAGGUGAUGCACAGUGAGCACAUAUGUAUAUGUGAAAGGGAAAACAACAACUCUGAAGGUCAGCUUUGAAGGGAAGCAGCUUUUGGUAUUUUCUAAGUUGUAGGUCAUUGUCUACAAGUUUUGAAAUUUGGGUGGCUGUUAAUUAAUGCACAGAUGAAUGUGUUCUCCCAGAAUACUGAGCUUUGUAGCCACCGUGCAUUGAGCACCAAGUGGAACAAGUUUAAAGAGGCUGAGCGGAAAAAUGAAUUUGUAACCACAGUCCUUUGGACAAGCUGCAAAAAUGUACAAUGAGCAUGAUGUAUUGAACCCUUUAGAUGAAUUAAUUCCACUUUGUUCUCAAUGCAUACCAACUGCAAAAGUCAGACAAAUGGCCUUUUCUCCAAAUUCCCAUGGAAACAUGCUUGGCAUGACAUUGCACUGUUUACCCUCACCCCCAAAAGGAGCUGUGGGGCGCCAUGCCCAAUUCCUUUUACUUUGGGCCUUUGACUAUGCUGCAAUGGUACAUUAUAUAUCUAUCCAUUGUGCCAAGCCCAGAAUUCUUUAGGUAAUGUUGAAUACUUGACAUUAUUAAUUCUUAUUUACAGAGGAGCUGGUUCUAUAGCAUAAGCAUGAAUACAAUACCAGAUUGAUGUUCCUGACCGACAUACAAUUCCUGUGUAAAAGGAACUCGGCAGAAUGGAGAAUUCUUGCUCCAAUAUUCUGUGUGACAUUAUCAGUGCAGCAAAUUGAUAGAAAAGAGGAGGAGAAACAGUGAUAAGCAAUAUUCACUUCUUCCUACAGUAUUCUUAUAGAUUUCUUCUUGACACUCAGACAGCAAUUGAGAAAGAAGAAUAACUCAUCAUCUGUUGUAUCCUGCCAUUCCAAAUAUCUUAUUUUGGGCUUCGUCCAAAGGAUCAGUGCAAUCACUGCAAGGAUUUCUUCUUGGACAGUGAGGUAUGCACAGUGGAGCAUACAGGAAGGGGUUAACUCCUUUUCAGAAGGCAGGGUCAUAUGAUAAGAAAAGGAUUCCCACCCCCCCUCAGUUUCUAGGUGGAAGAGGAGAGAACCUCCCUGCAGUUGAGAUCCUGCUCCUGUGCUCUUCAUUAUUGGGUACAAGGACUCUUCUCUUUUGAGAAGCAUAGUUAUUUUUUCCUAUUUUCUCCCUCAGGGAAGCCACAGACCCCCCCCUCCAUCAGCUCUUAGUUAGAAUUAGGUGGGGGAAACUCACUUUCCCUCACAUACUGAGAGGCAGGGAAGGUAGGCCCUGCAAUAGAUUGUGCACAACAGCUGAGGUAGCUGGGACUCUCUUGGGUCUCCCAGGUGUUGUGCCUCUGUUUUCAGCUUCCUGUUCCUCCUCCUGCUUGAAAAGCAGCCUGAAUGUUCCAUAGGUUUCAACUGGGGAUCAUUGGAUUCCUGCCUGGACCCUCCCCCAAUACACAAAGCAUUGGGACACAGACCAGCAAACCAAGGCUUAUCCAUCCACAAUCUCUUUCACAGAAUAUAAUCCGUAGAUCUGACAGAGACCUACCUCUACAUCCCCAUUUGCUCACCCUUCAAGUUGAACCUGCCCUGGGGUAGCUUUUUAUUCUGCACAUAGGGUGUAUUGAAUUUGUGUGGUUUACUUCAGUAAUACAGUCAGGACUUUCCACUACUUUCUGUAGCCUUUUCUCAUUUUCCCCCUUAUGUUCUAUUCUGUUGCUUAGGAUUUAUCAAUUUCCUAAUUGCAAAUAGGCAUUUUUUUUUCCAGUUAACUAGAUACUGUAUAGAUAUUCCUCUGGACAAGUUCUUACUGCUAUUGAAGAGGCCAAGUCUGGUGACUGGAGGGAGUUUCCUGUCUCUUCCUGCCAGACAGGGGGAAAUACUCCUCUUCUUCUUUUUGUUUGGUCAUCUGACUCUAUGUCUGCUGAAGAGGCGUUCAUUCUUUCCUGUAUGCUGCUCUCUCCACUGACCAGAAGAACAUUUCCACCCCCCCCACUCUCCUACCCCAGCAUGCCCCCUAAAUCUGUUCUAGGGGGUUUCUCCAACUCUUCAGAGCAGAUAUGCAGAGGGUACAGGGCAUAUGUGUGUGUGGGGGGGAGUCCAGUUAUACAAGUGGAGAUCUUUGUGCUGAUGGGACAUACUACCCUUUUACCUUACUACUUGGGUACCACCCUCUGGAAUAAAACAUUUCCUGUGUUUUCUAAUCACUUGUUCCUUAUUUUGCUGUAAUCUCUAUUACUGUAGUUAACAUAUAGUUCAAGGGAAUGUUGCUCUCAGGUAGAGGUCGUCUCAGGCUCCCAUUUGCUAAGUCAAGACAAGCCUGUCCCCUUCGUGGCAUCUUAUUUGAUCACCUGAUAGCCUAUUAACAUAUCAUAUUUGCGGGUGUGGUUUUUUUCUAGUUUGAAUUUAUUCUUCUUUUCACAUGCUCUCUUCUUUACUAUCCAGAAUUCCCAGGCAGAUUCUGUGUUUUCCUGUAGAUUAUUUCUCUUACAGAGUAGAUCUCUACACUUUAAUGCAGUCAUACAUCUCCCAUCGACGCCAGUCUGCAUGAAUCGAGAUGCUGGAAAGCAUCUAAUUUUCAGCAGACUAUUGGAAUGGGAUGCAUUAUGGGUAUAAACUUCCAAAAUGUCCUCCCUAUGCAACACAGCCUGACAAUGAAGUCAUAGCCUGUAGCUAUUCUUACUUGUUCAGAUGUGCUCCCCACCCCACUCUGCUAAAGGCAAGGUCCUGCAGUCUCACCUCUUCUCUCCCUUCACAGGAAGAAACUGAUUAAAGAAUCCCCACAAGCAGCAUUGCAAUGUAAUAGAAACUGCACUGGUCAGAGAUUAGAUUCCUGCAGCACUUUUUUUUUCUUGAAGGGGGGAAAAUGUGAAUUUGCAAUCAAAAGACCCACAACAAAAAGGAAAAUGUAAGCUCCAUGGGACAGGGCCUGUCUCUCUUUCUUAUGCUACUUGGUAAAGUGUCAUGUGUAUUGAAGGCACUAGAGUAAAAUACAUUUAAUUUCAUCACUAUGAAUUAUAUAAAUUUAUUGCAUGUAAGACAAAUUCUUGGGUAUUUCAGAGUGCAUUUAAAUUGCAAAGCCACAGUCUUGUCGUAUCUGAGUGAAUUUUAUGGAAGGACAUUAAACUGUGUAAGUUCCUUCGUAUUCCCUAUUUCUUUCAUACAAUGCAGCCGUUUCAUAACCUUGCAGUUAAGAUACUUUGUGUGUGUGGUAUAGCAUGUUCUGUGUUGGAGAUUAGAUCUUUGUUUCCUCUGAUGCCUCCCCAAGGAGGCAAAUUGCUUACAUUUCUUGGUAACUUUGCUCUAUGGUCUUUGACUGCAAUAAAGAUUGGUUGAUACAUUUAUAUACCAUUUUUAUCUUUCAAGGAUCUCAAGGUGCGGUGUACAUGAUUCUCCUCCCCAUUUUAUCCUCACAACAACUCUGUGGCUAGGUUAGGCUAAGAGAUGGUGAGUGGCCCAAGGUCACCCACAUCCUGUGUCUUGGCCACACAUUAUGAUAACACUCUCUCCGCCAGUUUUAUCUAUGGUGUUUAUUAUUUAUUUAUUUAUUAGAUUUUUUUUGUUCUGCCCUGCUUUUAAGUAUCUCAGGGAGGUAUUCAUACAGUUUCACCCAUCAGUUUUAUUUGCACAGCAAUCCUGUGAGGAUAGGCCAAGAGAUCGUGAGUGUCUCAAGAUCAGCCAGUGGCUGAGCUUAAUAGUGAAGAAGAAAUUUGAACCCGAGUUUCCCUGUUCUCAGUCUGACACUGUAACUACUACACUGGUUCUCCCCCUUCCCUCUUAUUUGACAGCAGUAAGCCUAUUUCCCGAUCUUCUGCCUUACAUAAGCCUGCUUUUAAAAUAAUGCGUAACUGUGUAAUCUACUGCAAUCUUAUGUGCUAUUAAAACAGUUGUUGUAACAGAAAUUAAUUAAAGAUAUUAAUGUCUUUAAAACCAGGGUUGGUAUCUGCAGAUUGAUAAAGCCUGCCUUGUUAUGUGCCGUUCUGUUAUGUACCUACUUCUUAGACCACCCACUUUUUGUUUUUUGUCUGGCAUCAUCUGAAUGCAGGUCACUUGACUAAAAAAAGAAAAGAAAAUAGUGAUAGCAAAGCCAAUUUUAGCAAAAAGAUUGAGGUUUGUUGAAUGAGGAAAAUGAAGCCAGUUUAGUAGGUGAAUAACUUCUGUAUAAGAUAUUUUUUGUGCCACUUAAAUAAGACCUCUGAGGGAUGUGCUUCCUAUAAUUAAAUACUAAAUUGUGUCAUCACCAGGUUCCCCUCCACAAAGCCCUGCAGUUAAAAUGAAACCCAGGGCAUUUGCUGACAGUUUUGUUAAUAGGGAUAUCUAGGUUCUAUACCUUUCAAUAUAGUGAAAGAUUUAAGUGCCUGUUGAAUUACUAACACACCUUGAAGGUUAUAUUGAUUUCAAGUUGACUUGGGGGCUGUUGUAGAGAAAUCUAUGGGUGGACUGCUUACAUGGUGUCCAUAGGAAUUUUAGUGCUUAUUUCAGGAGUGUCUAAAGAAACAUUCACUGCUUGUGUGGGAGGGGGGAGGAAAAGCUGUGCUAACAGUUUUACAAGUAAUAUUGCAGCUUUCUUUAGUGAAAGGUGAAAGGAACCCCUACUGGAGGAUUUAAGGAUAAUUGGCACCUGUUAUCACUCUCACUCUCUCCUUUCUUUAUAGGCUAGCGUAAAUCCCGCUAUGUAAGACAACUCUCCCACGGCUACAAUUACAGCGUUGUAAUGUAUACUUGUUAAAUGGCUUGCACAUAUUAAUGUGAGAUAUCUUAGAUGCACAAUAUACAUGAAAAACAAAUGUGUGUGGUGUUUUUUUGUAAUGGAAAGUACCCUUGAAAGGUUGUGGUGAUAGGUGGAAAAGUGGUGGUAAAAGUCCUAUUGUGUUUGUGGAUAAUCCUAGAUAAAUGGCAAAGUUGCAGCCAAAACCUCCCCACUUCCAAAACAGCAGCAGCAGCAGCAACAACAACAACAAAAACCACCCCUGUGUUUUCCUUGUGAAGAAGUUCCAAAAGCAUGUUUAUAAGAAUCCCAGAAUUCUGGAAUCCUGUGGGAGGAGGGGGGACAUAAAUGUACAUUUAGGAUUAAAAGGAUUAGUAGGAGAAAGCAAACAAACAUCCUUACCAGUCUUCCACUCAAAACCUUUUACUGUAUCUGCUUUUCAUUUUUUUUAAAAAAACCUUUUGGGGUUUCAUCACCAGCAUCUGUGUGUAACAUAUAACUUGGUCCUUAAAUAUAUAACUUUUCUCCUUGCAUGAGAGGCUCAACCAAGUAUAUUCUCCCUUUGCCCACACUCUUUGGCAGUGUUCCUCUCCAAGCUCCACUUACGUGAGCAGAGGUUGUAUGGCAGCAUAUCUGGUGGGCUGCUUUCCUUGUCAGUUGCUACAUAUUUGAUAGGUUUGCAGGAUUAAGCAAAUAAAAUGAGAUUUGUUUUGCAGUUAAUUAAUAGAUCAUGUUACACGUUCCAUGUAACAGGAAAGUGCAGUGGAAUAAGCAUCUGAUAAAAUCCCUAGAUGGGAAAAGGGAGGCGUUCUCUUACUCUAGCCCCCGACUUUCCCGCUUAAGGGGCUUUAAUUGGGAUUUGAAUUAAAAUGAGCCAAACAUUGCAAACAUGACUGUAGAACACCGGUGAGAGGGUCAGAUGGUAUGGCAAAAUGUAUUUCUGACCCCAAACCAUUGUCUGGAAAAAUAAUUCAGAGGUUGGCCAUCCCAGAUUUAUAAUGUAUUCUUUGCCUUUAAGUCUCACCAUUUUUUUCUUCUCCCUCUGGUAUAUGAUGAUGCUUGUAAAUAUUAGGGAGCAUUUGUUAGGCCCAUUUUAACCAUGGGUAUACAUUGAAGACCGUAACUGGCCACUGUUUUAUCUGCCUUUUCUAAAUUCAGCUGUAGAGUCCUUUUCUUAUUUAUUGAUAAUAAAUAAAUACAGCGCUUUUCUCUGUCAUGUGAUAGGGAAGCUUUUGAGCAGAAGGCAUUACAGCUAGCCCUAGAAAGUGUGUAAUCUUCAUUUGAUACAACGGUAUAGAGAUAAUUCCAAUCGGGAUUGAAGCUACAAGGACAAAUAAUGCUUGCGCAAUCCGCUUAUGGUAUUCCCAGACAUGGAUGAAAACUACUAAUGGAAUAAAGAAGGAUCCAGAUAAUUAUCUCAGCUGCAUUAACUAUCCAUCCUUUCAGUAAGUUACUCUUGCUUUUGACACAGUUUCCACAGUCUGGAGUGCUAAACCUGCCUAGAUACUUUCAAAAUGUUGUCUCUUUUUUGAAUCAUGGAAUGGUAUUUCAGGAAUUGUAUUUUUCUUUUGCAUGUUCAGAAACCUCCAGGACUAUCUGGCCCCUCUGCUGCUGUCACCUACAAGCCACUCUGUCUGCUGCUGCAGUGUUAACCAUUUAUUCGCAGGGGGGUUUUCUACUUCUCUGUGCUUAUGGUGCUUGCCCCUUUUCUCUCUUAUAGAAUCAUAGACCAUAGACUUGGAAGGGAUGCUGAGGCACAUAUAGUUCAACCCCCUGCAAUGCAGGAAUGUGCAACUGUCCCUUACUGGGAUUUAACCUGCAAUCUUGUCAUUAUCAGCAGCAUGCUCUAACCAACUGAGCUAUCUUACUAGUUAUGUCUCAGUUUGUAAGGAAGGGUAGAAGAGUAGGAAGUAGGAACUGCAUGGUAUUUUCUAAAGAGUGGCAGAUUCAAGUUUACAAAAUAUAUGGGUUCAAACCUCCCACUCAACAAUUAGCUCAGUCCAGUUAACAUGAACUUGGUCUGCUCCAAUCUUUUAGCCUAACCUACCUCACAAGCUAGGCUGUACACCAUACAUGCCAUGCAAGGAGUACACAAUCCAUGCCACCCUGUGUUCCUUUAGGGAAAGUUUAGUAUAAAAAUCAAUAAUAAUAAUAAUAAUAAUAAUAAUAUCUUUAAAACUGUGUACUAAGGGAAUUGUCAUGCAUCUAAUCAUAGACUUGCUAGCUAAGAUUAUAGUUUCCUGCUUUUCACCUAAGGUUCAAGUGCUCUGGUAUUGGGAUACACAAAGAGAGAAGCUGAUAAUGGCCUAGUUUGCAUGGCAUAGUAAACCAAACUAUGACUUAGUGGGAUUUUAUGAAUGUAUGGGCUCUCAGAGAGGAGCUGCUGGCCACUUUGCUCCUCCCUUCUCCUUUCUUCUGCCAUCCUGUGCUGAGACAUGAAGGUUUGUUUUUGGCUACAGCUCAUAGUUACUGAAGAGAGAGCUUAGCCGCAAGUCCUGGUGUGCGUAGCACACUAAGCCAAACCUUGGCUCAGCGCAUUGCAGUGUGGGAGCAAAAGGACCAGGGCUGCACACUUCUCUCUGGGAGUAUGUGCAGUCCAGGAGUAAGUUGUAGUUUGACUUACCGUGUGAUGUGAGCCAGGCCAUUGUGACCCACAGAUCAUUUGACUAUGCAGACAAAAGCUGAUUUACACCCUUUAGCAAUUUAAGGUUGCAGUCCUUUGAAAAGGUACAUGAGAAUAAGUCCCUUUGGAGAAUACGUGCAUAGAAUAGGCUGCAUGGUGACUGGAAUUCACAACUGCUGAGGGUCUGUCUAAUAAUAUGUCAUUUCUGGCUUCUCUAGAGACUCAGCAUCCCACAAUCAAUCCGUGCACAUUUACUCAUAAAAACCCUUUUUGUAGGUAACUUUGGGCAUCUCUAAUUAAAAUGUGAUCUGGGAGAGAUCUAAAUACAAAUGCUGCAUUAGACCUGCACACAGCAGAACUGUCAUAAACCUUUAUGAAUGUGACUUAAUCCACAACUGUCCUUUAGGUUUGGAGACCUAGCAUUCAGAAAAGAACAAAUGAUUGUGAAUGCAUCAAAGGGAGUCGUUUUAAUUGGCAAAAUCUGUAUCUUGUCCCACUUUGCAAUGGGAAGCAAAGUUACAGCUGAGUUAUGCUGGGCAUGUAUAGCCAGAAGUGACUCAUGGUUGUAAGGGAAACAGAAGUCUGGCCUCCUUCCAUGUGGCUCUGCUUCCCUAUUCAUGCUGGUGGGUUUGGGGGAGGUGGGUUUUUCUAUGUGGAGGCAGAAUUUCUACCCAGAACCACACAUUACUGGCAGUGAGAUCAUUACAGAAUAUAAAACAGAGGCAAGGAAUCAUUUCAACCCACCAGUAUGAUAUAAUGGAAAUAACGUUGGAGUUCAGAUCCUGUGUUCACCCAUGAAGCUGACACCUUUCUCUCCCUCCCCUGCCACUCUGGUUGCUCUGCUCCCUGUUCUGCCCCAAGCUUACCAAAUGGUGUUGGGAAGGGUUUCCUUUUUAUUGUUUAUUUUGUUUUUCAAUGCAGUACAUUCAGUGCAGCAAUAAAGCCAUUCCUGACACUGCUUGGUGAGUGUGGAGGAGAGAACAGUGGGCAGGUGCUGAGUUUACUCCGUUCUCUCCCCACUGACCCACCCAACCUGGUGAUGUUGGGAAGAGCAGGGGCUCUGUUUUGUUCCUCUGAUUUCUUGGAAACGGUCAGUCCAGGAGUAUUAUUGGGAGCAGAGUAGCUGAGAGCCGCCAGCUCCAGUCAUGAGUUCUCACUCCCAUCUUCGUUUUCCAGAGCAUUGGUGGGCCCCAGAUGGGAGUCCAGAGGCGCCUUGGGCAAACACAGACGGUUGUGGCAUCUUUGUCCUGGUUUCCUGUAACAAAGUAAUUUCUCUCGCAUUUUUAAAUGGGAUGUUGCCACCUGCCUUUCCUACUCAUUUGGGCGAUGCUUGGGCUGGCAUGGCCCUAGACCUCUGCCACAAAGCCCAGGGCUAACUGCAUCACUGCUCUUCCCUCUUCCAACCCAUCCCCACCCCCACGUACUGGAUUUAUGAAUCUAAUUGUUUUGUUUCUCUUUUGCUGCAACCAACACAUGAUUUUGACCUGAGGGUCAGUCUCUGCAUCCUCCUUACAUGAGCAAAGAAUGAACAAAUAUUUCCCUAACAAAAGCUAUUUAUCAAAAAGUGAGAGCAUGGCACAAACAUACUGGAGGACUGUGCCAAUGUCCAAAAUAUUUCUGCUUAACAAUUAAUCUGAAUGAGCUCUUGUAUAAAACCAGAGAAAGCAAUAUAAAAUACAUCCAGAUGGGAUGAAUAAAAAGGCUGGCAGAAUUAUGAUUGUGAAUUCGUACAAGACAGCUUCCAGCAGAGAUCCUAUUUGUACUCGGUAAAUCUCAGAAAUAUAUUAGUAGACAUACUAGCAGGGAUAAAAAGACAAGGUACCUGGAAUUUAGUAUUAGUGGGAUAGAUAUAGAAAUGGUAGCGAUGUCAUUUACCUGGAGUGGCUUGUCAAAAUCAACAUGUAAUUUUAUUUCAGGCCUAGCUUCAUUGGUUUCCUUGGCUAUAUUCCUGAGCUCAUUUAUGCAUCCAUGGUUCCAUUUCCAGAGAAGUAGCCGUUUUAGUCAGUCGCAACAAGGACAAAAAAACCCAUCUUGUGUCAUCUUACAAAUGUAAUGAGUCUAUCAUGGCAUUAGCAUUUGUGGACCAGUGCCCCCUUUAUCAGGCAUACAAAGUGAAAUUCUAAAUUGGCCAGUUUAUAUUCACGGUGGGAUGCAGUUAAUCUUUAAGAUGCUGCAGGACUUUCGUCAUUCUACUAGAAAACAAUAGAACACAAGAGUUUAUAGUUGGACUGGAAUACUUGUUUUAAAUAAAUGCUGAGCUAUCUUACACACUUGGUUGUGUGAAACACUUACCUUAAGCUUUUCUUUUCUUUUUUUACUAGAAACUGCUCAUAUUUUGUAUGCUAUUUUUCAGACUAAGAAAAGUAGGAUUUUAGAAAUGUUGGGGAGAUUUUUCAAGCUAUAGGAAAAUUCUCAUAAGGGUUGUCAUAAAACUGUACAAAACACAAGAGUACCAGCAUCUAUACAUGCUACCUGUUCACGCUUUUUUUAAAUAGUGCUGAGCUUAAAAAUUUUAAACAUCUUAUUAUAUAACAUCUCUAGAUGCAGCUAAUCUGGAUAUACAGUUUGAGGCAUUUGGGGAUAUGUAUCAUAGUCUGAAAGUGCUAAUUUUAGUGUUCUAUAAAAGUGCUUCCUAAUCUGUGGCAAUGAAACAUUUGGCCUGACCACUUCCAUGUGAGAAUGGGAAGUAUCAGUUUCUUUUCUAGUCAGGCGGUUGGAAUCGCAUGCAUGAAAUCACGUGAAUUCCUGCAGGACUUCAUAAUUGGAUAAAGUCUUAAGAUACCUAAGAUUCAAAGGGAAUGGAUUGCAUGGCUAUGAGCUGGGUGAUGGGUGGGUUAUUGUUCCUGUUGUUGCUUUUGCUUCUAGGUCUGUCAUAGGUUUGGCCUUGCUCUCUCGCUUUAUCUGCAGAACAAAGCAAAACCUUUUAAUUCAUCUUAUCCAAAUAAAUGUGACCCUUACAAAGGAGCUGUGGGUUGUAUCCAGUGAUAACCCUACUGAGAGCAGACGCAUUGAAAUGGAUGGAUAUGAUUAACUUAGGUCCAUUAAUUUUAAUGGCUUUACUUUGUUGAACUUAAUUGGAAACAGCCCAUUGUGCUAAACUUGCCACCUGUUUUGAGACCCAGAAUCCAUCUUCUGUUUUAGGAAACUUUUAAUAAAAACCCUCUUUCUAAUGCAUUGUUUUGAUUACCUUAUGCAAUUUGGCAGCAUCAGGGUGGUUUGUUUGUUUGCUUGCUUGCUUGCUUGCUUGCUUGCUUUUCUUGUAUUUACUGAAAGCAGGGAUGGGGAAAUGCACCUAAUUGUGGUACCCUGAAAUCACCACAACAUCUGCAUAGGCUGGUCAGUUGCAGCACCCAGAUGUCUGUGCCUUUUAGACAUAUUUUUAGUGCGGUGUUUGAUUAGGAUUCAUUCUGUAUCUGAAAUAGAGAUGACAUUUACUGGAUUAGGAGAAGCUGUGUGCUGAAUAUCAUGGUCAGCAGAAACAACACAAGGCCUCUGGGGAAAGCAAAUGGGGGGCUAUCCUCAGAGGAAUGAUAAAAGCUUAUAGGACUCCCUAGAGGGAGGCAUUAGUGUCUGGUUGUGGCAAGGUUUUGCUGAGGCACUUUGACAGCAAGGACUCUUUAUAGCCAACUAGAUCUCCUGCAACAAGGCUAUUGAUUUUAGAUGCAGCCCGCUUUGUGGUAGCUGUCCUGUUGGACAGCUGUUAUUUGAAAGCCUCUGUUAACUUUCAGUUCACUCCAAGGUUAUGGUAAACAAGCUUAUUAUUGUGGCUUUGUAAAACAUAGAGGGAUUAAGGUACAUAAAGAGAUAGUUAUAGGUUGCAGAAAAACCUUCAGUUGGCAGAGGUACAGCAUGUGAAUUUCAGGUGUUUUGCAGGAUUUAUUUGUUGUUUCUAUUUACAACCUUGCCUUUGCACUACUCACAAAUACAACCUUGCAGAUGUUUGUGGCCUGGCACUGUGAAUGGACACCUCUUGUAGGGACUUACCAGUGAACUGGCAUCAUGCAUCUGAUACUUGGAAGACAUCACUAUCGGCUUCAUGCUCAGUGAGGGCUCUUCCCAUCUCUGUAAUUCUAACAGCAUUUUUUGUCUGCCACUCCCCUUUUCUUAAUGACAUUGUUUUUGGUUGCUUUUCUGUAUGUGUAUGCAGAAGGCCAACAGAAACUAUUAAUUCAAAAGAGUAAAACAGAUUCAUUCCAGGCAGUGCUGUCAGAUUUGCAGGGGAAACUAAUUGGGAACACAAAUAACUAGUUUUGCCUAGAUUUAGUUUUUAUUAUAACAAGGGGGUGGGAGCUAAAAGUUGCAGGGUGAAAACCUCUAUACAGGAGUUGUUAUUGUUAAAAGUAAAGAAGACUAUUUGUUCUUCUAGAAUUAUAGAAUCUUAGGGUUGGAAGAGACCCCAGGUUCAUCUAGUCCAACCCCCUGCAAUGCAUCUAAAGCAUCGAUGACAGAAGCUGCUUGUGCAUAAUUCUUUCACUUGUCAUGCUGCUUUCUGUAACCUUGACUGCAAAUUAUAGUACCUUUAUACUAGUGAACUACCUUCCCCAAUAUUGACUUGGGUUUUAUUCUAGGUGAUUGGCAAACAUUGUGGCACAGCAGCAUAUAAUCCACUAGCAGCAUACUAUAUUGAAUCUGCAUGUAAUCAAUGGAGACAGCCAAGCUUGCAGGGAAGUACCACUGUUUUCCACUUGAUUUAAAACAAAGAUACAACUGGUUCUUCCACCCCUAGGAUGAUGCAUAUCCUGCCAGGUUUAGAGAAGGUUUACCCAUUUCUGAAAGAGCAUCACCAGCCAGUUGCCUCUGUGGCAACACAUCUGUUCUUCACCAACUCUUUAGACAUAAUGCCUAAGAGACAUGGCCAGACCUAUUACCUUAAUAAAGAGAAUGAUUUGACAAGUUCCGCGGUUCCUUCUACUACAGAUGACAGUCUUCCAGAUACAAUAACACAGAUUUGUUGGGGACUCAUAGGCAUAAUCCACCCCAGCUCCCAAAUCCUAUAACAUGUCUGAAGUGGUCUAAAAGAGACUGGAUAUCUGUGAUUAAUAUUUUGUAUGAUUUUGCUUGUUUUUGCUAAUUACUAGCUUCCUGGGCUGUUUUGAAGAUCAGAAAAGUAUUGCUAUGGGAUGAAAGGCUUAAAGAACUUCACCAGAACAGCACUUUCUGCAGUCUUCAACUUAAAAAACCCCCAAUAUGAAUAAAUUAUAUUUACUUUUCUGCUGACGCACAUUUAGCUUGACUCAGUGUUGGGCUCCAUCCUGACGAAACACAAUUUCCCCAAUCUGCAUUUGCUGAAAUGUAGGGACUCAUUUGCACAGGAGGGUUAGCAGAGAUAGUGGUUCUUAACCUCUUCUAUUCCUGUCAAUUAUCUAUUGUAAAUCCACCCAUUAGACAUUUCCCCAGCUGGACUUAAUUCUGGUCUUGGAGCCUAGCUAUUGAUCAAUACAGAAACCCAGGGUGCAUUUGCAGGGAAGCAUUGGUGGGUACGGAAAAGUAAAGAAACACCAUCCUUUCAUCUGUUGACUCUCCUUUAUGAGGGAAACAAGUCUGGCUCCAGCAUCAGGUUCAUUGUGAGAGACACAUAGAGAUGUCCAUCCCUUUGAUGUCCUUGCUCUAAAGUCUCUGACUUGCAAGUAGCAAAUUGUAAGGAAGAGGACAGGGUAGGGGUUCACAUAGCUGAGCUGAUCACAAUGCUGAAAUGAGCACAUACUGCCAUCCUAGGCUAUGGAAAGGUAGCACAGUGUCUCAGUAUUUUGGAUGGCACAGAAAUGUAAAUCCAUGACUAAAUGGGAGCAAUAUCAUACAUAUGUUACCUGAGCUGUUAGCAUCUGUCUACAGCUGUCUGCACUCUGAUUUGGGCAUUGAAGCUCAUAAUUGCAAGUUUAGGAAGCUGCCUUUUCGUCUCUUCUCCCCCAAUCCUGGAAUGCCUUUGGUCUCCAAAUUCCUCAGCCAUUCCGAUUUGCCAAGUGGAUGGACAGGAAAGAAGGGAAGGCUUAAGUGCAUGGAGUGUGAGCAUCAGAUGUGCUGCAGAAGCUUCCUUACUUCCCAAAAUGAAUGCCACAUUAAUGCCCCACUCCACCCAGAAACACUUUCAUGCUGUCUUUGGUUUCUAAACAUACAACACUUAGGCCAAAGAAUUUAAAAUAGUUCUCUCUACUUAAAAACCUUAAAUACUGACACACUGGCUCUUCCAUUUAAUGCCUCCUCCCUUAGGUUUUGUGGUCUGAUUUGAGGUUGGGGUGGAGGCAGUGGCCAUUAAAACUCUGAUGACGGUGUUUUGUUUUAAAGACCGUACUUUGAGACAUCAUGUUCUUGUUUGGCUGGAGGCUGAAAUACCAGUUGAGGUUUUCGGUUUGUGAAGCAGGUUUGCAUUUUGGAAGUUAGUGUUCACAGCAGGCGGGCAAGAAGCAAUUGGGGGGGGGCUGACACUGCUUUGGUGCUAGUGCAACCUAUUUAUUUAGUGCAUAUAAGUCCUGCAAGUUUUCAGUGAUUUACUCCCAUGAGGAAACAGGCGUUCUCUUGAAAGUGGGGAGAUGAAACAAUCCUUGCAGCUUCAGACUGCUUUUGGGACUUUCCUGCUGGUUUUGCUUAGGUAGUUGUUCCCUUCCAAACAAUCUCUUGCUGCCCUGCCUCCGACACUACCUGUUAACAUACCCCCAAGGCUCCUUGCAGCCUUCUAUAUUUAUUGGAAAUCCUUAUUAUAGUAUGUGGGUUACAGUAGUUACCCCACUGUAGUGCUGCCAAUAAGCUUUCCUUUGCUGCAAAGGAAUCUUAUUGCACAAUGACUUCAACACAUUUUCCUAUCUACGAUUAAUCUGUAAGUGGAAAGUUUCCCUCUCAUGAAACUAAUAGCAAAUGUUCACAGAAAUUCUGUGAGUUGGCCUAUUUGAGUUGACCUAUUAACGAAAGCAAAGUGAAGAAGAAGCAGAAAUGCAUUCAGCUCCUCUAGGUUUGAUUGGUAAUAAGAGCCCGCAUUUACUGCACCCAUGCCAUUAUUUCCUCUUGCUCUUGUUAAUUUCCAUAGAGUUUGUUUUUAUUAGAAGGCCUGCUUUCAUGCUUGUUUAUAAUCCCUUCCAACUGUUCUUCUCUCUUGUCUUCCCCCACCCCUUGUAAAAUCCAUUUCCAUAAUGCUACUGGGUAUUACACAGAUUUGCAGAAGCUCUUAAUGCUGAUGAUGUGGGUGAGAAUUUGCAUGCCCACUUGGUACAUAUUUAGACUCAGAAUUAAUACAAAUGGCUAUAUUUCUUACUCUUGCCAAUAAAAUAUCCUGAACAAAGGAAAAAUCAGAAAUCAUAAUGGAGCUCAUUUAUUGAUUUGCAAACUCUAAGCACCACAGAGACAUUAUGUCCCUGGACUUAUUGGUGCAGAAAAGUUAAUCACUCCAAAUUGCUAAGACUUUUAUUAUCUUGGCCACGUUCCAGGGAGCUACUUCUUUUAGGUGUGUCCUUGUGUUACAACUAGAGGGGUUUUUUAUUCUGUUUUAUUUGGACAGCAAACAUUCAUGUGCUUUUAAGGCUUUCCUGAGUUUCAAAAGCAGCUUGCUACACUAACAGAGCUGCUUUUUAAGGAAUCGAGAUAAAAGUCCUGUUUUUUCUGAUUUUAAGAAAUACAGAUUCAAAGCCACGUGGGCAUGUGUAGCUAAUUUUGUGGUUGUCUAGAUUAUGUGUGGGUUGUUUUUUUUCUUAUUCUGUAACAUAAAGUUACUCUUGCAAACUAUUUAACAGAUUUGGUUGGCUCAGACAGCUACAGCUUAAAAGGUGUUGGCACCUAUCAGCUUGAUCAGUUUUUUUGUUUUGCUAUAUAACUUCAGUUAUUUGUCCUGAUGAAAUAUGUAAAGUGGGAUAAAGGAAGAGCAGGGUCAACCCUUGCUGUUGUGCAGUACCCUCCAUCCCCCCAAACCCCUCAAGUUUGACCUUCAGAGCAUUUGAACUUGGAUUCCUCUAAUCUUGAUAUUGAGCUUUUGAAGAAGCUUUUUCAAACGCUUCUCCAAAUGCCCAAGGACUAAAAAAUGACUCAUUUAUUGAAACCUUAACAUUGCAUAACUUUAGUGAGUUCUUUUUGGGGAGCAGAAAGUGCCAAAUAUUUGAGAAAAAGGAAAGUGUUACCUUAAUUCCACCCUCAGUGUUAACUUAAUUCUACUUCCAUAUGAAAGUUUAUUUCAUUUUUAACCUGGAAUCUGAAAGCACAAAUGAUAUGAGAAAUGUUAUUUAAAAGUCUAGUUUUUUUAAAAAAUGUGUUUUAUAAACACACACAGCUGCAGUCAAUAUUGAUGCAAGUUUUGAAAAGACUAUUGUAAUCAGUUAGGAGUGCUCUUUGUUCAGAUGAAGGAGUGCUUCACCUAAUGAGACUGUCUGAUUUCCUACAUGACUUUUGCUGUUAUAUAGGAAAUUUAUGUGCAUGCUGUCAGUAUAAUGAGCACACGUCUCUCUCACUUCAGUGCAAACAGCAGAAAACCCUUUGUGUGCUAAUUGUAUGUGACAGGGAAUGUAUAACUUCCUACACAAAAGCAAUAUCAGCAAGCAUAUAUUUGUGUGUGUUUGUGUACACGUACACACACACACACACACACACACACAGCCAAUCUUAUCUCUUGCCCUUCUACUGCCUAUGUACUACUGAGGGGGCUAUCAACAAUUAAAAAUCACAAUAUCAUGUUUAAAAGAUAUAUUUAGAUAAAAAAUACAAUAAAAAUACAACAAAGGCAGGGACUGCCGAUAAAACACAACCUCUGAAUAAAACACCAGGCAUUUAGCUGGCAAAAGCCUUCCAGAAUAGAAGUGUCUUCACCAAUCAGAAAGUAUAACAACUUCUGCCUUGUGCGAAAUGGCCCUGAGAUGGUGGCUCUGCAGUUACUUGCGCUACUGAAUUCUAGCCAGAGGCAUAUGUGUCUGAUGAGACAGAUGUUCCCAUAGAAUAAAUCCAUAGUUGUACAAGAAACUUGGUUAUAUCAAGGUUCUGUGGUUUCUUUCCUCCUUGGAUAUAUUCAGAUUCUGGCAAAACAAUCUUUUAAAGUUGGCUGUGGCAUCUACUGAUCUUAUUGGUGAAAAAUUAUAUUGGCGAGUUUUAUUCAUUUUCUGUGCUUCAGUCGCACAUGUGUACAUGAUAAAAGCUAGCUAUCUUGCUAGCUUAAAACCUGUAAAUUGUAAAAUAAUUUGUAUUUGUAUAGAUGGGAUUAUUUGUCAAUAUUGCUGACCUUUAUAUAGUGCAGUUAUUUAUUUAUUUUUACAGAAUUAUCACCUUCUGAGGUAGUCCAUUCCACUGUCAAACUGAUCUUACUGUCAGAAAGUUCUUCCUAAUGUUUCGUCAGAAUCUCAUUUUCCUAUAAUUUGGCUCCAUGGGUUCAGUUCCUACUCUCUGGAGCAGUAGAAAAACUUGCUUCAUUUUUCACAUGACAGCCCUUCAGAUAUUUGAAGGUGGCUAUUAUUCCACCUCUCAGUCUUUUUCUUCUCCAGAUAUCCAACUCCCUCAACAGUUCCUCAUAUGGCUUGGUUUCCACACUCUUCACCAUCUUGGUCACCCUCCUCUGAGCAUGUUCCAGCUUGUCAAUAUUCUUUUCAAAUUGUGGUGCCCAGAGCUGGCCACAGAACUCCAGGUGGGGGUCUGACCAAGGUACUAUUACUUCCACUGAUAUGGGCACUAUACUCAUGUUGACUCAUGUUGCAAGUUCACCGGAGUUUAAACAGGAUUUGUGUAAGCAAGGAAAGCUCCUCUUGUAGCCAUUCUUCAGUGAAGCAGGGCAAUAUGAGGACUUGUUUUGAGACAAGCUUCUAAUAGUUCACCAUCUUAUACUGGGACAUGGAAACAGGACUUUUUUGCAUGAUUGUCACAGACGACAAAAUACAGUGAAAGCAGGAUUUAUGGGCUUAACAAAACAGAACACAAAGUACAGGAUACUGUUCAUAGAGGAACAAAGGGGGAAAUGCAAUUACGUGCUGGUGAUGGUAACAUAACUAACAGAUGCUUGCCAGCUGAAAACUAAAAGCUACCAGUCAAUUAUGCAUGCAGUGCAUAGUUGCCCACAAAGACCAUCUGAAGCUGGGGGGGGGGGGUAGUAGCUGCACCUAGUGGAUUGGCCAAAUCUCAGUGAAGCAUAGAAAACACAGUUCUUUUCUAUCUCAAGCCCUUUAGGGGUUUUAGCACCACCUUAUGAUGGUACUGGGUUGACUGUUUGGGCCAAAUGUUUUUCUGUGCUAGCAAAUUUUAAGAUUUUUGGGUACUGUAAAAUGUAAAAAUUUAAACUGUGUUUUGUAUCCCAAAUAUCAUUUCUUGAUCAUGCACCAACUGCAGUCUUCCAGCUGGCUUCAAGAGCAGUUUAUACCAAGCAGGUUUGCACAGUCCAUGCUUAAAGCAUGGAAGGAGAAAGUAGGCAAACUGUCCCCAACCCCAUCCCCGUAGACCUCCCUGGCUCAUCACCCACUGUUCCAUCACGCAGCCCAAAACUUCCAAAUAAAAAUUUGGCAAACCAAAGGCCUAUACCGCCUAACAGACUUCUAUGAAAAUAACAAACACAUAUCAACACAAGAAAUACAAGACAAACUAGGGGACAUCCAAAUACCCUAGCUAACACACCACUGACUACACGUCUUCCUAAACAACUCAGCAGUAAAAACAGCAGCCACUAGGCUCUUGACCACCUUUGAAAACCUUCUCCUGGCAGCAGAGGGACACAGCAAGGGGAUGGUAUCCACAAUAUACAAAAUGCUGCUUCUCAAUCCCACAACCCCCCUCAACACAUUCAAAAAAACAAUGGGAGCAUGACAUAGGCUACAAAAUAAAUCCUACCCAAUGGACUAAAAUGUGGUCUAAACCUCCCUUUAAAUCCAUCUCAGCCAAAUGUAGGGAACUCUCUUUGAAUCUUACUUAUAGAUAGCACCUAACACCUUGGAAAUUGGCACUGAUUAGUGUUGGUAUUCCUCAUUUUGGUGAGGAACCUCACCAAAAUCCUGGAGAGGCUGCACCUCCACAGGCAUGUAGCUCCACAUGUGGUGGAAUUGCCCCCAAAUCCAACCCUUUUGGACGGCAGUCCUACAAGAAAUAACAAAAUAACAAGGCACCCCAGAACUGGCCCUAUUGAAUAUUUUCCAAGUCACUCACUCACACACACACACGAUAAAGAGCUUAUAACCCACCUAUUCUCAGCAACCAGAAGCACUGUAGCUAGACACUGGAGAGACCUGUCAGGAGUGAACCUGGACCACUGGUACCAAAUUGUACGCGAAACAGCAUUACUAGAAAAGCUAACCAACAGACUGAAACUGACACAGAGACAAAUAAAGGAGGAAGCCUUCACCCUGGUGUGGCUCCCCUUUCUUACACACGAAGCCGGAGAAGACAACAACAAGAAUCCACUGACAGCAUACGAAUCAAUAUGGCUAGCUUGGCCCAACCACCUCUCCCCCUCCUCACACACAAAAACACAUCUCACUGCAGUCAACUAGAGGCAACCAAGCAUGCCCUGAGCUCCCCGCUCAACGUUCUCUCACAGCCCAUGAAAACUAGUAAGUGAAUAGAAAAAGAACCUACCCAAGUGACACUGACACAAAAAACCUCACACAUGCCCUAAGUAAAAGAAUGCAAGUUUACCACCCCUUCUCUCUCCGCACCACUCUUCUACCCCAACCUUAUGCUGCAUGCAACAUUUAUGUUUCACAUCGAAUGAAACUGAUCUGUGGAAAAGAUUCUACAACCUGAAAAUAGAGACCACACGUACUUUUGUAACCUAAGAAAAUCCUUAAUAACAAAUUAUUGAUUGAUUGAUUGAUUGAUUGGGUUUAUUUAACAAGAAUAAUAUUAUACAAACAAGUAUCCCACAUUUUCUCAGGUCAUUUGUAUAUCACAAAAAUAGCAUAAUAAAUAUGGAAAAAUAUAUACAACAUAUGUUUUGUUAUUAGUGGUCAAUGUACAGAUAUACGAGAUCUGAUAUCAUCCUUUAUGACUUCCUGACACCACUGGUGGAGGAAGGGGUGUGUGAUGGGUGCGGUCCACCCCGGGUGUCAUCCCUUAGGGGGGUGACAUCGCCAGGCCGCCCCCCUGGGAUGCUUGCCCCGCCCCAGCAUAUGGCUAGCCCUGUUCCUGGGUGCACUACUUGUGCGCCACUCUGGGUGCCACAGCAGCUAGCUCCGCCUCUGUCUGACACUGGCCAACUUUGCUUUGUUGUGGAAUAAUUAUGGUGUUUUGCUACAGAAGCAUUUCCAUACUGUGUGCAAGUUGCUUCUAGCAUCACUUAUAAACUCAGAAUAAGGCAUAAUUUACUGCCCAUCAAGAUUGGAAUGGCUAUGGAAAUAAGAGAAAAUAUAAACUUGCAAACUUGUCUAUGAAUUUUGUCGGUUAUGAUUGUACUUGUAUGCCAAAGAAUGCUAAUUUCAAAUCUUUGUUUUCUCUUUCUGGCUAAUUUGAAACUGCUCGGAAGACUCAAGUAUCUUAGAUGCUGUAACUGAUUGGUAGGAUCAGUACAAUUACUGAACUUUUAAAUUUACCUCUGCAUUACCAAGAAUUCAGAUGGCACUGAAUUAUUAAUCUGAGAGUAUAUACAAGUACUGAAAUUUUGUGUGUGUGUGAGGAGGAAUUAUAUCUGUUUAAUACUUUCUAGUGUAUGUUGAUUAAGAGAUUUUUUGAAAUGAUUGAAUUGCACUUUUUGCUCGUGGGAAAUCGCAAUUAUAGAUAAGUUGCAAAGGGAAGAAUUUUUGCUUCUUUGAAAACCUUCCUUCUAUUUUUAAUGGUUGUCUGGUGAAUUCAUUAGUCUGCAGGAUGCCAAGUGGUGUGCAGUAGUUUGCAAAAAUAAAAAUGCUUUCUGAUCUGUACAGUAGCUUUUAAAUAGAAGAUUAGCAAGAAUGUUAAUUUUACAUGAGUUAAGGAGCAGCUGAGAAGUGAGACUUUUAUACAAGUCACAAAUGUCAGCUCCUCAUUUUAAAACUUUGCUCUAAUUUGAAAUUUGUGUAGAAAGUGGGAUUUAAACCUUGCCGUUUCUCAUAUGUCUUUAUGAAAAGACUUUUCCUAUGGGGUUGGUUAACUAUAGUUCAUUGGGUUUAACCAUCUCUUAUAUAUCUCUGGAAUGCUUAAUUAGAUCCUACACACCUUCCUUCACCUCCAGCCCGAAGUAGCACUGGGUCCUCAUCAGAUUCACAACUCCACUCUUUUAGCAAUUGCCGUGAGUCAUGCUGAACACUUACUGUUUAAAAUAGGACUAUUACCAUUGCACCAUACAAAAUUGCUUAUGUUCUCCUUUUUGGUAACCAACAGGCAUUCAUUAACUUAGGAAUCCAUCCUUUCUAUUACGUUAUUUUUAGAUGUUGAUUAUCUGCCCCCCCUUCCCCCAUAAUAUGUUCUGUUGUUUAUUCCCAGCAUGUUUUAUUCCCCAAUCAAAUGAGAACAUAGAAACAAAAACAAAACUCCUGUUUUGUACAGAACAGAGAAAAUGCUUAGAAAGCUUUUAUUUGUGCUGCACGCCUUGAAUAAUUAGUCUGUUAAUGAAGUAGCUCUGCUGGUGGGGGUGGGUGGGGGCUUAGAGCAAAAAUCCACAGUUAAAGGGAGGAGAGCCUUAAACUGUGUGAAUCUGCUUUCCUAAUAUCGGCCUAGUGAAGGCCUAAAGCUGUCAGACAAUUGCUUAGGCUGGUGGUUGCCAAACUUCCCCCAACCCCACAGACAACUUGAAAUUGCUAAGGGUCUUGGUGGAGCAGUUAAUGGUUUUCCUGACUGUUGUAGCAAUUGUAGUGUGCUGUGCUAGAUGCUGUAGGAUUUUUCAUUGCUUUUUCCAUACAUGCUGUGGACCACCUGUAUGAAGCUCAUGGACCACAAUUUGGGAACCCCUGGCUUAGGUUAGCCUUCUCCAGCCUGGUAUUGUUGGACUACAACUCCCAUCAGCUCCAGCAAGCAUAGCCAAUGGUCAGGGAUGGUGGGAGUAUUUUUUUUAUUUAAUUCACCAAAAUUUUAUACCACUUGAUUGCAAGAAAAACCCUUAGCGGUUUAUGAAAAUAUAUAAACUAAUCACCCAAAACAUCUGGGUGACACCAGGUUGGGAAAAGCUGAAUAGGCAUCCCUGAGCUUGCACCAACUCCUUGCCGUCUCUCCCCGCCCCCUUGCAUUAUCAUUUCCCCCACCCUUCCAGUUGUGGAGUGCACUGUGGUUGAUGUUACAACUGCGCUAGCGUUUCGCUAAUCAUAGUUAGCACCAAAUGACAGUUUGCAAACCAGGUUAGAAGUAGGGUGCUACAAAAGCACUUGUGCAGACACGAUACUAGCCAUCAUUAGCUCCAAGACUGAAAAGGAGUGGGGAACAGCUCAUAAACCGGUGUGGUGCUGUGGAUCACCUCCCGAGGGUUAGGCAGUCAGCUGCCAUCACAUCUGUACUAAACUUCUUUGAAUGUAAGCCGUAAUCGGUUUAAAUACUGAUUGGGGGGGCAGGUCCAUUCUGCUAUUCUAACAUGGGUACAAUGGAUUAUUUUACAUGAGUGCAGAAGCAAUAAAAUGUCAGCUUGCAGUCUUUGGGGUAGGAGAGGUCUACAUCAGAACCGGGACACGGGUGGCGCUGUGGUCUAAACCACUGAGCUGCUUGGGCUUGCUGAUCAGAAGGUCAGCGGUUUGAAUCCCCGCGAUGGAGUGAGCUCUUGUUGCUCUGUCUCAGCUCCUGCCAACCUAGCACUUUGAAAGCACACCAGUGCAAGUAGAUAAACAGGUACCACUGUGGUGGGAAGGUAAACAGAGUUUCCGUGCGCUCUGGUUUCUGUCACGGUGUCCUGUUGUGCCAGAAGCGGUUUAGUCAUGCUGGCCACAAAACCUGGAGAGCUGUCCGUGGAAAAAUACCGGCUCCCUUGGCCUAAAAGAGAGAUGAGCACCGCAACCCAAUUGUUGUCUUUGACUGGACUUAACCAUAACAUUAGAACCAGCUGUAAAGGCCUCAGACAUACACUGACAUUAGCUCAGGCAUACUCCACUCUUUUGCGUUUACUCUUAAAAAGUAAAAAAUAAACUGCCUUGGGAAGGCUUGCUUCACAAAAAGGCAGUGUGGAAACAACAUAUUCUCAGAGAAGAAGUCACAUUCAUCUUGCUACAUAGGGGCUUUCUCCCCCCUUUCCAAACCCCUUGUCUAAAAACUGGAAGGCACUUGUGAUAAGAUCGCCCCCUUAUUUCUGUAAACAGCAGGUCAGAGAUGGCACAGAUUAUUAUCCAUCACAACGUUGCAUCUGUCAGCUGUGCGCUCCAGCAAGCCUCAUCCUCCUGGCAACUGCCUUGGGCCCCAGACACAGGAUGUUUCACUGCAGGAAGAUUCCUGUUCCUCCCUUACCAUAUGGUAUGGUGCUUUAGUGUUGGUCUUAUGAGCGUUUCAAGAGACUGAGCUAUGUGGAUCAGCUGGUCUCUGAAUGAUCAUGUGCAAAAUUAUUAUUAUUAUUAUUAUUAUUAUUAUGUUUUCUCAAUUUUAAAAAAAUCUGAUGUGCAGCAUUUACUUUUUAACUGAGCUUUGGGUGAACAUGGUGUGUAAUGGGGAGGGGUGUCUCAUGGCUAAGCUUGAAUUUAGAUAUAUAUGAGAACUUUUAAAGGUGCAUGCUGAGCCACGUGUUAAGUGACAUUUGGAUUAUGAAUGACAUUGCAGCCUCAUGGAAUUAUUUGGACACGGAUUGCAUUUUUUCUAAGUUCAGAAGGAUUAUAUCAUCAUAAUUCAGGUUGCAGAUGAUUCAGGUAAAUCAUUGUGUGUUCAGGUUGCAAGAAAUGAGAUUCCUACUGAGAUCUUUCUGGCAGUGAGGAGUUCGAAAGCAGAUCAGACUCCCUCGAGGGGUGGCGGACUCUCCUUCCUUGGAGGUUUUUAAGCAGAGAUUGGAUGGCUGCCUGUCAUGUAUGAGCUAGCUGAGAUUCCUGCAUUGCAGGGGAUUGGACUAGAUCAGGGGUCAGCAACCUUUUUCAGCCGUGGGCCAAUCCACCGUCCCUCAGACCAUGUGGGGGGCUGGACUAUAUUGGGGGGGGGUGAACAAAUUCCCAUGCCCCACAAAUAACCCAGAGGUGCAUUUUAAAUAAAAAGACACAUUCUACUCAUGUAAAAACAUGCUGAUUCCCGAUUGGGCCACAUCUGGGCCCUGGGCCUUAGGUUGCCUACCCCUGGACUAGAUGAUGCUCAUGGUCCUUUCUACAAUUCUGUGAUUCUAAAUAUAACAUGUCCAAGAGAACUAGCUAUUCAGCCAGCAGCAUGGUUGCCCAGUGCAGUGUGAGCAGCCUCCUGACUCAGCUGCGUCCAACAGACACUUGCUGGUAAUUCUCAUUUGUUGCUCAGCAACUGUUUAUUGCUUUCCAUCUCACCUCACUAGCCACUGCUACCUUAAGGUGUGAACCUACUGAGUAGACUUUGGCGAGGUACUGUCAGCCUCAGGUCUCUUUCCCAAGUGAUACAUACCGUGACAAUAAUGAUGAUACCAAUUCAUAGAGUAGCAUAAAUAUUAUUUAGAUGCUGUGUGAGUAAAUCUAUAUAGCUAUUGUGGCUGCAGUCCCUAUGCACAUUUAAAUAUUAUCCAAGGUCAAAUCUUAUUUUCAAAUCCUAAUUGUAAGGGAGCUUUUUUAUUUUUAAGCUGGCAGAAGAAGUGCAAAAAAAAUGCAGCAAGAAGGGGAGAGUCCAGGGGAGAAAAGGAAAAAAAUGAAGGGGUGCCUGCUGUUAUAGUCAGCUCCUGAUAUCUUAAACACAUGUGGUAACCCUUGGCCUCUUUCUGUUAAAAAAAGUAGCACCAUGCAGUGGGUUUGGUAAAUAUGGUCAUCCCUUGUAAGUCACUGCUUUUGUUUCCUAUUAAAUGUUUCCCAGAUAUGUAUUCCUAUUUCAUUUCAAGUUUUCAAUAUAUUUAUACUAGUCUAGAAAGUUUUUAAUAAUUAGCUGAAAUUCUUAGUGUUUUCACAGGAGCCAUUUCUUGAUGGUAGCCAUUAAGCUGCACCUGAACUAGCUAAUUAUUGGGAUCUCUUCAGGUUGUUACAUGAAGUGGAAAGGCACAUUUAUUGGAUUUCAGGACCCUAAAGCACUUAUUUCAAGGGCAUUUCUGUCAUCUUUGGCAGGUUCUCUCCUUGAUCCCACUGAAGUGCUAUCCAUCUAGGCUCCGCCGGAUUGUUUUGUAAAUGGUUCAGUGCAGUAAUACAUUUGCCAAGUGGUGCUGUGGCUGUAGAUAUUUUGGUCAGUGUUUGCUUUGAAAUUCAAGGCAGUAAAAGCUGAGUAGCAAAUGUGCCAGGUUGCAAAACUUGGCACAGACCCCAAAGUGUAGGUUUUCAAGUCAGUACAGUUUGUUCAUUAGCUGGCAAAAUACUUUGCCUGACGUGUUCCAGCAUAGAGCUGGCAUUUAUGAACUAUUUCUCAAACUAGUUUAUUUUAUGGUUGUAGCAUUGUAUUCUGGCAUAUCAUUUACAGCAUCAGGUUGGAAACUAUUCCUGAAAUCCUGCUCAACAACACAUUUCCUCAAACUUUCUCCACAUUUGGCCCAGAACAAUCCCAUUCUGAGUCGCACUGAGACUGAUUUUCUAUUAUUUACAUUAUGUUUCCUAGGAAACAUGCUUCCUGCCCCAUAUAUUUGGUUAGUAUUGUCAUCUUACUUUAAACAAACAAAAGAUAAAUAUUUGUAUGUAUUAACUAAACAGACAGGCAUCAAUAUGGUGAGUGUGUGGUCAAAUGUGGGAGACUGUCUUUCAUGCAUCUAUCACUGCUAUGACUGGUAUAUGUAGCAAACAACUGAACCCCAAAUGAUUCAGUCUUGACCUCUUAAUGUGUAUAGUCUGCUUCCUCAUGUGUACAGCAUGGGGUGUUGGUACUUCUUUCAUCUCCCAACCUGAAGAUGCCAGAUAUUGAAUUUGGGACCCUUCCAUCAAUCUAUGGCCCUUCACCAAAGUACUUGCAUGCUUUUAAUAUCCUCAUAGGGAGAGACCUAAGGAAGGCUAAGGAUUGCUCCACAUUUCAAAAUCAGAUUAGGGGAAACUAAGAAUAUUUCAUAAGAAGGCCUGCCUCUGACUUUUAGAAUGAUGAUUUUAGCCAUUCCUUUGUUUAUUUCUGACUUUUGUAGGUAGGGGAGACAUUGUCUGAAUCAUAGUUUUACAGCCUUUGUAAAACUGAUUUUUACAGCCGUUGAGAAUUGAUUGUGUUUAAUGAAAGGGCUGGUGCCGUGCUGUUUCAUUAUUUAACAGGUUUUAUUUGUGUAUCUGGUUUUAAUUCUAUUAAUGUUUAAUUGUUUUUAAUGAUGGCUUUCUCUAUGUUUUAAGCGAUUCUUGAUUUUAUCUGUAAGCGACCUUGAGUCCCAUCAGGGAAAAAGGUGGGGUAUGCAUAAAUAUAAUGAUCAUCAUCAUCUUUCACAACUAGGGGACUACUUAUAAAUUGCCUGUUCUGUCUUUACAGGCUAAAAUUGUUUGGGGCUUAGGGAGAGACAGAGACGGGAAAUUGGGAGCAAAGUAGCUCUGAGCCUUACAAAUCAGAAGCAUUAAAACCAGAUACAGUUUCACAUUUGAAAUUUCCAGCUAAUGAAAGAGAAUCUCUCCGAUGUUGCCUCAUCUUUCCAGGUUAAUGAGCAGUGCCACUCUCUGAUGAAACAGGCAGAUCAUUAACGACCAAUAAUCAGUGACAUUUCUCUUCCUACUGUACCUGUGAUGGGGGAAUUGGCUUCUUUUUAAACUACUGAAUAGAGAAUUCUAUUCAUCUUCCAGGUUUUAUGUAAAAUAUUUUUGAAGCAAAAGUUAACUGCUUUCCUUAACUGCACUGGGCUGAUCCAGAAUUAUAACAUGGGUAUGUUUAGACAGUGCUUAAAGGCUGGACUUGCCACAAUUUUUCCUCCCUUGCUCUGAGCUGAGCACAUCCUCUGGGAUGGGACAGGAGAGCCAUCAAUAACAUAAGCAUUCAAGGAACCAUUUCUUGUUGCACUCUGUUCAAUCCUACUCGUGUGUCUAGGUGUAGGUUCCUGCCCCCUACUUUGUGUUCUGGGUCUCUGCAUCAUAUUGUGUCUUUGGUAGUCGGCUUGAAAGUUUUGGUAGUCGGCUUGAAAGUACUCUGUUUCUCUGAACAGGUUGAAUCCAUGUUCAUUCUUACAACUAGUGUGGAGUUCAGUUUCACAUCUUGCUCCUGGAAAGGCCUGUUCCCUUAAGCCUUGCCCGUGACACUUCUGAACAGUUGUUACCUGUUGCAGCUUGUGGGGUCCGAAGGAGGAAAGGGCUUGGCUUUACAGAGAGAUUGUUGGAUCAUGUAAAGGCUGCCCUUUAGACAGCGCAAGAAUGGUGCUUUAAGAGAUUUUCUGCAGAAUAUAAAAUGCCAUUUGAUGGUUCUGUAGCUGUACUGUUGCACUCAGGUAACAAAUACCUUGGAAAUAUGACUCUGUUGGUGAGUUUGUGAGUUGGCAAUGGGCAAGCCAAGCAUACAUCUGCUGUGAAAAAUCGCAACCUUUGCUACAACUUUAUUUCUGCCCAAGUGCCUUCUUGUGCUCCAUCAGUGUAAAUUCUGUGGAGGAGCAAUAUCUCUGAUUUCUGUGCCAGCAGGAUCUGAGCAGGGUCAUCUUGCAGUCUUCACUCAUCGCUGAUUUUAAGAUGGGGAGGGAGGGACUGAGCCAGAAGCCUUUGGUAGAUAAAAGUCAGGGCUGGGGGAGCAGCUGCUUGUCCAUCACUGCCUUCUGGGUAUGUCCUGCUGAAAAUAAUAUGAAUUUGACUUUGCCUGCAGUGUACUUCUAGCUAAUCAGAAGCAUGGUUUACAUAUAGGACACUCAGGGAAUUGCCUAACAGCCUGCUAAUUAAAUACUCGCUCCAUCCAUUGAUUUUGUUUUCCCAAGAGCUGCCUUGUGCCAUCUGUCUAAGGGGGCAGUCUGAGGUCCUGUAUCCUUCCCUUAAUUAUUCAUGCAGGUCUGUUCGGAAGCAGCUGGCAGUUCGGAUGCAGCUGGAGAAAGGUGCCUUGCAGAUCUGACUUUUGAGCCUCUCCUGACCUGGCCAUGAGGUGAUGGUGGCAAGAAUCCUGGUUCUGUAGUCUUCAUGCAUUUUUUUUUCAUUACAGAGCCUUUGGCCUGGAAUUUUAAUUUAGCCCUUUUAUUACUUUUCCAUUCUCUUUAAAUUGGUCGCUGCUGGAAUUCCAGUUUGUACACAAUGCAUCAGGAGUGUGGGAAACAAUUCAGAGAGGGUUUUUUUUUCAUGUUUUGUGUAUGUGUGGAGAGGCUAUUUUUGUGUCUUUCUGGUGGCUGGUCUCGGGAACACUGGUUGCUAUAGUAAUAUUAAUAAUAACAUCACUUAGCAUUGUGAAAUACCCAUUUGAAUGUUUGAGAUGAGGUUAAAUUUAAGAUUGGUUUAUCAUUCCUGGUUUCAAAUAUAGUCCUGAGGCGUGCACCCACACCCACACACAACCCCCCCCCUUUGGUUUUUCAAAAUGACGUUUCCUGUAAUUGCUGGGUCUGAAAGGGCAAGCCAGAACAGUAUUUCCAUGACACAGUAGGUUCUCCCUGUUUCCUUAAAUGGCAUGUUUUAAAAUGGCGUUCACUUCCUCAGGAUAGUUAAAACAUGAACUUAACACCUGGGAAAUUAGGAAUAUCAAAUUAGUUAGCAUUGGUUAUUUUCAGAAAUGUUUUUUGAAGUCUUAUUCAAAAUGCCAGGAUGUGCUUGGCAGGGAACAGAUUCACUAAUGUACCCUUACUCCAAGUUCAGUGGAUCAGCCCACACGUGAAAACUCAUAAGCAAACAAAACUCAGAGGAUGGGGAGGGGGAUAUAGAUCUCUGUGGUAUUUAUCCACUUACUUGGAAUGGUAAAAAAUGACAUGCUCAUCCUGUUGUUUCCUCAGUGGACAUGCCAGUAGGCUAACCUCCCCCUCCCACCUUACAGUGUGUGUGUAUGAGCCAAUUUCUGACAUACUACUUCAAACAAAUUACUCCCUUAGCUGUUCUACAUAUAUGAUCACAGUGAAGCAGAAGAAACUAGUCACUGCUUCCCUCUGUUUUCCUUAGUAGGUAUUCUAACAAAAUCGGCAGUUCUAUGUAUUGCAUAGCAAGCUUCCAGCUCAAGGUGACUUUCGAAGGAAUCCAGUUUAUAUAUAAACCAUUUAACAGUGACUUUGCUCUCGGCUACUUCUAAAUUUAUCUGUACUUCUGCCCAUAGGCAUUAACCAUGAAUGCAGGUGCGAAUGUUUAGAGGUGUGUAGGACCCAAAUGAGCAUAUUGAACUGAGUAAUAUACUUCUAGUUGAAUCAAAAGUGUGGCCCCCCUUCCAAACCAGUAAGAGGAGGAGGGCGCUCCCUCUUCCCUGCCUCCCCCUCUCCACAUGGAACCAAUUUGUCUGAACUACAGAAAUCCUUCCUUUUUCAGCAAAAUAAUAAUAAUCAGCAUUUUCUCUUUUGUGCAGGUGAUGUUGUGGAUAUCUAUCAGCGAGAGUUCCUAGCGUUAAGAGACCGCUUGCAUGCUGCAGAACAGGAGAGCCUCAAGCGAUCGAAGGAGCUGAACCUAGUCCUGGAUGAGAUAAAGCGAGCCAUCUCUGAGAAGCAGGCCCUGAGGGAUAUAAACCGGACGUGGAGCAGCUUAUCUGGUAAAUCUGGCUUUAACAAGGAUGAGCUCAUGAUACACUGAAGCUGCAGAGAAGAAGCUUCUCCACAGAAGUGUGCACAUUCACACAGAUCAUCAGAUAGACAGGCAUGCCUUUCCACAGGGAGCAGGUCAUUUGGAUGUUUUGUUGAGCAUAUAAAGACUGAAAAUAUUAUUGGUAGGGCGGGUGUGAGUGGCAUUAAGACAUUUCCCUUCACCUAUAUCACACCCUCACUAUGUAUGUGAUGUGAAUAUGAUGAAAAAAAGGUUGGAAAUCCAGUGAAAACAUAAUAAUCUUCAACUUGCCAGCUACUGUCACAUGGUAUGUGAAAUCUCUGUGAAAGUUAUACUUCUAUGCGCUUAAACUUUGGCAACCGAGUUACUUGUCUCCGCCUGCUUAUGAGUCUGGUCCCUUAUGAAUUGCCGCAAAUAUCAUUCCUCGCACCCACUUAUACAGUUGUGUUUUCAAAUGGCCUGACUGCCUGCUUCUUUCUUUUGCAAUUAUCCUAGCUUCCCAUAGGCCAAGGAUGGGGAACCUGAGACUCUCCAAGUAUGUUGAAUUACAGUUCCCACCUUCCCUGACCAUUGGCUAUGGUAGCUGGAGCAGAAGCCUGACAACAUCUGGAGAGCCAAAGGUUCAUCAUUCGUGCUUUGGGCAGCCUUGUAAAUGUUGCUUCCUUCUGCAGUGAAAGCCCAUUCUUGCCUUCAUAGGCUACACUGGUAGCAGAGGCAGCCUGCAGAAGAUGGCCUUCAGUGCUCCCUAGUGGUGAUUGAAUAAGCACUUCAGAGGGGCUGAAUGUGGGAAACCCCCCCCCUUUCAUUAUUUAUAAAAAUUCAUGAAUUUAAUCAGGAUGGAUGUAUAAUAUAAAUACCAUUUUUAAAAUAAAAGUUUCAGUACAGUUGCUUUUAAACAACACUUUACUACCCUGAACAAAGUGAUUUUUUAAUGACUUGUUGGAACUUAUGAUCGCUAGUGUGUUCAGUCUCCACAAAUAGCACAGAUUUAGUACAUAGUAAUGGGGCAAAAUUAGGUCCUUGAGAUUUGGUAAAAGCACAAUAAUACCAGGUGCAAAUUUAGGCCUUUUUGCCAAAGGUUUGGUUUAAGUUUUAUUCUUCUCUCAAAUGACUUGGGUGUGUGCUUAUCUAUCUUGAGCCUUAAAUAAUUCCUGCUAAACUUAAUGGGAUUAUAGGGUACAAGUGAAAAAGAUUGGACUGAUUAACCCAAGUUAAAUGAUCAUCUCAGCUGGCCAGAUGGUGCUAUGAAGUGGGCAUGCCCUCAAGCUUAACAGCCUCCCUCCUUCCUCAUUAUCGCAUUGGAGGAAAUGUCAGAACGUUCGUCUUUUCUUUUCUCAAACAGAUGAAACAAAACUGAAACUCUGGAAUAUCACUAACAAGAAUGUGUUGCAUCUCCCCACCAUCUUCCAUCAUUUGCCUCAUUUGCUGUCCAAGGAGAACAGCCUGCAGCCGGCUGUGCAUGUUGGACAGGGACGCACCGGAGGUAAGUGGAUGCCGUGGGUUUCUUGUUGCUCUUUAGGCCACUUCCCUUCCAACUCUUCCCCCAUGCCUACCCUGUCCCAGACCUAACGGAAUUAUCAAAUGACAAGCUAAGGAUGCAUAAGAUUUAUAUGUUACGGCUGCUGCCAUACCUAGGCUGCUUCCUGUGGUGGCCAUUUUUGAGAAGCCGGCCGGUUGUGUGGCCAGCUUCUGAUAUGGUUGAGAUGGUGCUUCCAUGGAAAACAGCUUCCCUUUACCUGCCAAGGGCAUGUAUGGACAUGAACUUCCCAUCCUUCUCAUUCUGUUUGUGUGCACAAGGCAGCAGAGACUGAAGGAAGCUCCUGGAAAUGGUCUGGCAGGCAGUUUGCUUUGCUAGAGUCUCUCCUUUCAGUUAUGUGAACUGUUCCUUCUGCGCUUAUCUCAUUAUACACCACUUUGUGGCACAGAUGGGCAAGAUGACCUGACCAGGCUGAGCACGAGUGCUGUGUACCUUCCAUUCAGAAACUGUCUUAGGGGUAUAUUGCCUGUGCUAUAUUAUUUUAAGAGACAAUGCUUUACUGCAUAAAGUAGGGACCUUCAGGUACUGCUGCUGGUGUCUGCAAAGCCCCCUCAAUUUUCAAAAUGUUUUUAAUUUAGUUGUUUUAUUUUAGGAUGAGGUUGUUUGAUCAGGAGUUACCUUUCUUUUGGAAGGAGGGUGUUGCCUGCCUUUAUGUUGUUGUUGUUUUGACAUUUAGGUAUGUGCAUCACCAGGUUUUCUUCUGUGAAAUAUUUUAUGGUACCCACAACAAUUUCUUAGAUUUGCAAGUGUGCCCACUGGCCUAAAAAGAUUGUGGGAUCCCUGGUAUAGAGUGUCUUUUGGGGAUCUGGCUAAGCCUUUGUUAGAACAAACCCAAACCUCCAGAAGGUAAAGUACUUAAGUUACAUCUCUACUUUUGAUUCCCUCAAGUCUUGUUCUAGCAGUGUAGGGCAGAUUCUGCUUCCUCAGUCAAAAGCAAUAUGGUGUACGAGGACUCUCUGCCAGCUUACAAUCCCAGGACACCCAUGGUGGCCACUGCUACACAUCCAUCUACAUUUAGUUUGAGGGUAUUAGUUCAUUCUCCAGCAGAAGCAGCUACUGGGUGGUGCAGAACUGCUUUGCUAGCUUUCUGGAAUGUGGGUCACUGUUGCUUACUGGGAGUGGGAGGGACAAGGUGGCUGGGAGGUUGGCUUGGUGCAAACGUAGUGGCAGGAUUGCCAUAUUUGGCCCACUGGUGCAUUUGCACUGUGCCCAUCUUCCUGCUGUCUUGCCCCUCCUCCCCCCCAUGUGAACAACGGUGAUCGACCUGCCAUGAAGCUCUUGAUGUCCUGCUUGACAAGCCACCUUCAUUAUCCAGAAUAUAUGGAGAACUUUGCCAAAAACAAGUAGAAAAGGAAAUUGUGCUCCUUUGAGAUGUGAAGUAUGACAUGAGAAAGUGUGUGGUUUUUUUAGCAAGCUAACUUUAACUGUAUUUUUGUUCUGCUCAUUUACAGUAUCGAUAGUGAUGGGGAUCCCUAGUGUCAAGCGGGAGGUGCAUUCCUAUCUUACGGAUACCCUAAACUCUCUGAUCUCAGAGCUCAACCAGCAGGAAAAGGAAGACUCUGUCAUUGUUGUCAUGAUUGCGGAGGUAAAGUUAUCAUCUCACCUCCAAAUCCAGCUUUGAUAACUCCGUAUCCCUUUAUUGUCCAUCUGACAGGGACUUGAUGCUGAUCCAGGAGCCUGCAUGUAGUCAUGAAACAGCAGGAUGUCUCUCUCCACAUGGCUGCAGGCCAACUUCUCCUUUGGCACAGGGAGAUAAGUCUAACCUCAGGCUGCUGUCCGACAAGGAUCAUCGGGCACAUCCCGCCAAUGGGGCCCAGCGGGCUGUUUCCAGUGUGAAACAAUGCUUGGAUGCACUCAGCUGUAGAGGGUCAAUAUGUUAGCAGAAGGCUGCAUGGCUGUUGCCAAGAAGGCACUUGUGUAUGUCCCUUUAAUUUAAAUUGCACUCGGCUUGUUGACCUUUGCUCCAGCAGAAUGCUAGGCAGCUGUUCUAAAAAAGGGGCCUGGUACAAAAUUGCCUGCAGGGUGUUCUUUCAGGAUCCUGUGCAUUUGCUGCCACCCCCUGCUAGAGAUCCCAAAAAGAAUCUUAACUGAAAAAAAUGCCUAUGCAUUUUGCUGUACUAAAUGCCUCUCAUCAUAACCAGCUUCUGGAUUCGAGAGUUAGGAUGACCUUUGCACAUUAAUCCGCUGUGGCCACUUUUUGUCUCACGGUUUGUGUGUGUAUAUAUAUAUUUUUUUCAUGUAGCAGUCCCAUUGGGAUUAUUUGUCUCAAGCUUGAAACAAAUUAGUUUUUCUUUCUUUCCAGAAAUCCUUUCUGCAAAAAUAGCCUUCAGUAGCAAAUUAUUUCGAAGAGAACAGCAGCCCUUAAUGACCCCUUUACUGAUUCCUUUUUUCAGCAUUUAUUGAUGGUAUUUUUGUAUGUGGAAUUCCUUCCCACUUUGCAGUUAAGCAGAAGAAAAUGGCUGCAUUUGAGGAGCAAAUGGCUUCUUAUCCUAAAACGGGAGAUACUUUGCUUAGCAGAAAGGAGAACUCAGGGCUGCUUCACAUUAAGCCCAGUACAGAAUAUACUCCAGCAAAUGACGAGGCUCUGGAGCCCAGGAGGAGGCACUGCUGAUGUUGUUGCCACCAUACCUUAUGUGGCUCAGCUAUGUGGCAACAGGAAUAGUGUGGGGACAAAUACACUGAAUGGAGUGCCAGAUCUGUGCAGCAUGCUUUAACUCAUUGACUGCUGCAGACAUGGGCAGGCAGUCUGCCCUCAAGCUACUAAGUUGCCCACGGUGGGGGAAGGGCAGCCACCAGUAGGGGACCAUUGAGACCAUCUUGCCCAAAUUUCCCCCAAGACUGGAAGUUGGGCCUGCUUCACAUAUUUUUUUUCCUUUACACUUAAGUUGUUCUGUAGUGUAUCAAGGGCUGUCUGAGUCUCUCUUGCAUGUCAUGCGUGCACUGGAAAGCCUCUGUGUGCCUUUGUUUCUUGUUUUGGAUAAGGUACUCAUGCUGUCCUUUACUUACUGCCUGGAUACAUGUUGUUUUUUGUUUUUGUUUUACAAAUUAUUCAAAGAAAAAAAUGGCAUGUCAAGUAAUUUUAAGGAGCUUGAUUGGCAUGCUUUGCCUGCAGACAACACAUUUUAAUGUCUCCAUCUUAGCUUUUUAGCGAAUGUUUGUGCAUCUUGUGAAAAUUUUAAGGAGAUAGUGAACUUGAAAUACUUGGAUUUCAGGUUGCCCAGAGUGGAACUCCACUAACUGCUCCCUUAGGCAUAAGAGGGGGAUGCAAUUUUUGCUGACUUCCCCAUGCCUCUGCAGCCCCCUUUUUCUCCCCCAGUUCUGCUCUGGACAGUAAGAGAACCCUUUGGAAAAGCACGGAAAGUGGCACUAGGGGCUGCCAGGGGGAGGUUAAAUUGGUGAACAUCACCUCUUCUCUCCCCCCCCCCCCUUUUCUGCAGGAGGCUCUGCUAAAACCAAGUCACUUCCACAAAUGAAAGAAGAAUAUCAUUAUAUAUGUCUUUUGAAUGUGUGAGGAAAUUUGAAGAUCUGUUGCUCACCAAGAGACUACGGUCACAUCCACACCCUACACUCACAGAGCUAACAUUCCCAGCAUUCUUGACAAUCUAGGAUUAUUUUGGGGGGGAACCUAUGGCUGCUAAAGUGGUGUUGGGGUGCUUUAAGGCACAACUGAAAUGGAACAGGCAGAGUUCCUCUAAACUAGGUGUCUGAUGAGGAAGUGCCUUACAGAGCAAGGCAAGGUGGCAUUUCCUGAAGGCACAUGUGUACUUCUCAUUUUCUGGUGCCAAGUUCUGAGGCAGUUAUUGGAGCAGAUGCAUGCUGCAUCCAUUUACGAAGAACAUAAAGCACCUUGUCUUCAUUUUGCUGUCUGUUUUCUUAGAUCAGAAACCACUCCUUGUUUGGGAAACUGAAAGCAUCCUUGGAUUCUUCCCUCCUCCCCUCCAAAUGCACUUUUAUUGUUCUCUUAACAUUGUUUCCAAGAUGGUUCUGAUUUUGGGCAUAAAAUCCUGACCUUUCAUUCAUUCAUUAUGUUGUUUUGUUGCCAGAUCUCACUUUUCAAAUUGCCUUAUCUUGCUAUUAGGAGUCCGCUGAGAAUGUAAACACAUACUACAUCUUCUGAAGUAGGAAAUUUAAAAAUAAAGUGUAUCUGGCAGCCCUUGGCAAGACUAGCAGCACUUGGCAACAGGACAAGCAUGCUGGCAUAAGUAGGGCUAGUAAGCAUGAUCUCUGAGGUGCAGAAUAUGCAUAUUGACAACUUCUUAAAUCUGCCUGUUCUUAUUGACUUAUACUCUUCAAUUUUCCUUUGCAGACAGAUCCACAGUAUACAACAGGAGUGGCAGAAAAUAUCAAAAGCCUGUAAGCAGAAUUCUUUCAUUCUUUAUUACUACUGCAUUCAUCUUAGGAAAAAUAACAAUUUUUACCUUUAAUUUAAAAAUGAGAACAAAAGUAUUUUGGGUUUUUUUUUUACAUGUUAUGCUUCCUUCCUGAGGAAGGUUUUUCUUUCUUUUUUUACUAAGCCUAUGCAUUGAGUUUGCAUGCUGGUUAACCUUUAAUUUCCCCUCCCCUGUUAAAACAAGUUGUGAGUCUGCAUCAGUCAUGCCAUCCAUUUAUUUCCCCUUUGUUUCUUAGAUUAUCAGGAGAGUCAUUAUUUUGGAACAGCAGCAUGUGCUAUGCUGCCUUUGGCCUGUAUUUACGUUACUUGUGGGCUCCAUGUCAGUUAACUGCUGCCUUAAGAGUAUCAGUGAUCCUGGGCAGACAGUUCUUGUUAUCUUCAUUCUACAGCCUGUUCACAGCAGGAGAAGCGGCUGCUUGCCAGCAACACAGACCUCAAACCAAAAUAAGGCUUAGUUCCAACAUCAAUAUCCCUGCCAUGAUGUCCUUUGCUGCAUUAGGGUUAUAUUCUGUCUCCCUGCUGCUCCUACCAGGUCUGCAUCUGAUUUCUCCAGAGCUCUAUGUCAACCUAAUAGUUAAUUUCCAUCUCAAAGCAUUAUGUGGGUUUCCUUUUGCAGUGUCAGGGUUCUCUCAUCAAUAAGUUGCUCAGGGUGUUUUCUGGGGGUUUUAAGGAUUUGGAUGGGAGGCUCUGGUGGGUUUGGUUUUUUAAAAAUGAUUAGCGAGCUUGUAGAAGACACUGGGCAAGAAUUAGUAGCAUCAGUGCUCAGAGGACAGAAGAUUUAGAAGAUAAUGGUAAUGGAAGAGUCCCCGACUUCAUUACCGCUUCUGCAUUCUGCAUGUUGCCUAUUAAUAACAGCAGCCAAGAUCAAGACGUGGAAAAAAGGAUGUGACCUACUAACUAAAGUUUUGCUCCCUGAGCUGUACAGGUGAUGAGAGAAGGCUCUUGUAAUAGCUAAGGUGGGAGUCAUUGUGUUUCCAGUGCUGAUGAAGAGUCUGUGGCUUAUGUGGAGCCUGGCAAAUUCCUUUUGGCUCUGGACGAGACCACACAAUUAUCAAGUCAUUAUAGGGCUGACUGUGUAAUGGACCCCAAUGAAAUGGAUGGACAUUGUCUUGGAAAGCAGUUCUCUGUCAGAUGCCUCAAAUGUUUCCCUUUUAUCAGUUUAGCAAUUUGAUUUCCGAACACACAUGCACGCACACGCGUGCAUGCACACAAAUGGCUUGUUUUAGCUCCCUUAAACUGAACAGGAAGAACCAUGUGGGGAGGGGAAAUACAGUGGUGGCAAAUGCCAUCUUUAGUUUAGAUGGCUUAGAGGAAAAGCAAUUGCUCCUGUAUCAAGAGAACAGCUUUCCCAAUUAGAAGCCACCGUUCAAAUAUUGCAGAAAGAUGAUUAAUUGAAAGGAACACAAAGUUGUCAACAGGAAAUAGCCAACGCACACACACCGCACCCCACAAUGAGGCAGUGCGUAGACAGAAAGGCUACUUUUUUAUUCCUCAAUCCCACUGCUGGUUCCUGUCGCCUUGCAAUCACUUGAUUAAGAAAAAGACUUACUACAGGGCACAUGCUGAGACUGAUUAUCUACAGGCAAACACUGUCAAAACAUGUAUUAUUUAAGGGCUGCCAAAAACACAGAUGCUUUUUGGAAUUUGAAUGUGUACUGGUAUAUUGAUGUAACCCUAUGAAAAGACAUUUAAACAAAGUGAAAAGUGAACGAGUCAUUAAUUGACCCUUGGAAUAGUAGUAGUAGUAGUAGUAGUAGUAGUAGUAGUAGUAGUAAUAAUAAUAAUAAUAAUAAUAAUAAUAAUAAUGUAGUAGCUCGGCCAUGACAGGAAAAACAUCAAAGUAGUUGACUUUUCUAAAGAACAGGGAGACAAAAUGUAGUGAUGUAAUCUUUGUAACAGAAUAUUAUAUGUCGCUUUGGCCUGCCUGGGGAAAGAUAAAAUGACUAACAAAUUUAAUAAUUAAAUAUUGACUUAAUGAAGAUUCAGAUCUGCAUAUAACACAGAUAACAUCAGAAAUAAAAUGAAUUGGGAACCUGUCUAAUCUAAACUGCCUUGUGCUCCUUUGGGAGAAAGGAAAGGACACACAUUUAACAAAUUAUUUAUUUUAUUUACAUCCUAUUUACAUCCUGCCCUUCCUCCUGAAGGAGCCCAGCCAGCAGACACAGUAAUAAUAACACAUUAGAAAUCAAAACUAAAUGCAGUUUUAAAACAUUCUAAAAACAGUUACAAACACACUCAACCAGGUCCUACUCCAACACUCUUCAUCAUACAGACACACAUGGCUAGUGGUCGGGGUGAGGGCAGUUGGGAGUCCCAACAACAUCAAGAGGGCUACAGGCCCCACAUCCAUGAACUAGGGGGAGGAGCUAGUACCCAGUUGCCUUUUGUAACAAUCAGGACAUUUAGCAUGUAAUACGUAAAAAUUCACAAUAAACAAACAAGCAGGCAGACAAGCCCUCAUACUGAGCAGCAUUCAAAAGUAAUGUUCAUGUAAGAAUGGGGCACAAGUGUGGUAGGAAAAUCUAACUUCACCUUCCACAAGCUACUGUAAGGUAUUUGAGAAAUCCAAGGCAGGGGGUGAGCUUUUCAAAAUGGCAACAAUUCCCCCUGCUGCUGUUUCUUCUGUUUUUAAAUAGGACCUGAAAGCACAGUAGCUCCUGUGGAGGUUUUCUUCCCCAGAGCUUUUAAUGUCGUCCUGGCCUGUGGUGUGCCAUGAUUUUCAGGCUAUUAAUCGCUAGUGUUGGGUUGCAUUCUCCUCUUUGCAGAAAGUCACAGCUUCUUCCUUACUUUUUUUUUUGCUCCCUCUCAGGUUCCCCAAUGAAAUACAUUCUGGCCUUCUAGAAGUUAUUUCCCCUUCUCCACACUUCUACCCAGACUUCUCUCGUCUCCGGGAAUCUUUUGGCGACCCCAAGGAAAGGGUCAGGUAAGAAAGAACCUGCUGACUGGAUACCUACUGGCACUCUGUGUUCGUCUGCCCCGCCCCCCACCACCAUGGCUUUGUAAGAGAAGAAAACAGGCAUUUAAAGGGAGCAAAUAGAGGUUGUUGGCUGUUGAAUGGCCCAUACUUCUUUUCCAAAAUGUAUUUGCCCGAGCAAGCUGCUCAGAUUGUGAACAGCGUUGUUUCUCUUAUCUUGUGACUCCAAUGGAAUGUGUUCCUUGGAGCUAGUGCUAUUAUUCACACAAUUGCUAAUCAUGUGACAGCUCUUUUAAUUUAACAUAAGCAGCCCCCGCAGCAAAGGGUGGGGAGGACACAACCCUUUGCUCCAACUGCAGUUCUGAUCCAGAUGUUGGCCCCUCCCAUGGCAAUUUGCAUCAGGAAGGAAACUCCCACUGGCACCCACAGGGAAAAAAUUUCUUAAAGCAAAUAGCAGCCAGAAGGGGGCUGGAUAGAAAGCUGCCUUAUGCAGAGUCAAGACUGCUGUUGGUCCAUAUUGCUUACACUGAGUGGCAGCAGCUCUCUGGGAAUUCACACCAAGGACAUUCCCAGCCCUGCCUGGCUCCAGGGAUUGAACCUGGAGCUUUUUGCAUGUAAAGCAGGUGCUCUGUCAAUGAGCUGUGGCCCUUCCCCACGAAAGUAGGGACUGUGGCCGGGACAAAAGGUUAAAUCUCUUACUCCCCACCCCUCUCCUCAUGCUGCACCGCCUCCCAUGACUGUUCCGUUACUUAGAUUUUUAAAACUACACGUUGCUAAUCCCAUGAAUAACAACAGAUGUCGUUGGGUCCUAAAAUCACCUAGAGUCCAAGCUAGAAUGAUAGCUAUGCACUCAGAAUAGAUCUGGAACUCAUUAUGGUCUCAGAAUGAGAGUGUACCGGAUUCUGAAUUCCCUGCUGAACUUGUGUUUUUCUCCAUUGAAAGCACCUGCUUCCUGCCAGCAAUGGAACAACUUUCUGCCUUGUGUGCCAUUAUAGCCUUUCUCUAUUUUAUAGGUGGAGGACUAAACAGAACCUAGAUUAUUGCUUUCUAAUGAUGUAUGCACAGUCCAAAGGCAUCUAUUAUGUCCAGGUAAGUUAAACAUUGGCUAAAGUAUAGAUUUUGUUGCUCCCAGCAAGGAACAUUUUGUCUGGGUCCUUGAUCAAAACACAAAAGUAUGUGUGGGAAGGCUGUGUUUUAGAAGGGGAGAGGGUACAUACAGUAGACCAUGUUGUUCAUUAUUUUGAUCUGGCUCUUAUGUGUUGCAUUAAAAGUGUUAAUUUUAACCCUUUCUUGGGUAAGACCUUGGUGUUCUAACAGCAGUUGGCCAGAUGAAUUUUGCUAAGAUUUAGAUGGGGAAAUUAUCACUUUAACCUUCACAAGAUUUGAGGGAGGGCCAUAGUUAAGGAGCAAAGCAUUUGCUUUGAAUGCAGAAGGUCCCAGAUUCAGUUCCUGGCAGGGACAGGCUCCUGGCUGCAGGUCUGUGUUGACAGCACUGAGCCAGAAGGAUCAAUGGUCUGACUCGGUAUAAGAUAGCUUCAUAUGUUCCUAAAUCCUGAGUUAGCUGGAGUGGUAGAAUGGGACGUUUUGGUUUUUUGUUUUUUGUUUUUUUAAAAAAAAGCAUUUCAGCUUUGACAUUAUGUGGUCUUGACUUGGUAGCCUAACUGUGGAAUCAGCAUAUUGCUGCUGGUACCUUAUUAUGUAACAUGACUUAUGAUAGCAGGGUCUAUUUCUAAUGUUUGCCUGCUUCCAAUGGCUAGAAAAACAAGAUCCGUGUUUGAUUAUGGGAAUAGAUCUUUUCUUGUAUAAUGCUGGCAUGCCUGGAGCUAAUUGACCAUUACUGAUUGAGUAUUAUUCAUUAUUUUAGUUCGUUUAACAAAAACAGGAAACUACUGGAAGGUUUUGUCUUCCUUAUUAAAAUCCUGUCCCUGGCUAGAGGUUUCUUCCUCCCAUUUUUGCUUGUUGGACAUGUUGUAGGGUAGAGUUUUUCUUCAGCAGAGUGCAUGAUCUGUCACGAGUACUGGCAUCUCCCACUGUUUGUUUUGUAGCUGGAAGAUGAUAUUGUAGCCAAGCCAAACUAUCUCAGCACAAUGAAGAACUUUGCUCUGCAGCAGCCAUCAGAAGAAUGGAUGAUCCUGGAGUUCUCGCAGCUUGGGUUUAUUGGUAAGGCUCCCCUCAACAUAGCACCAACAGCACCUUCAAGUGCAUUUUGCUUAGGGGCGAAACCUCUCCCAGCGGCGUGUGCUUCAGUGCUGUGCCUAACUCUGCCUGCAGGAGAAAGAAAAGCACCAUCCAUGUUCUCAGUUGUGCUUCUUUUGGCACGAAUGGAACACAAAAGUUGUGACAGUUGCACUCUGGCUUCCUCCAAACUCAAUGCAGAACACAAAGAACAUACAGCAAAGCCAGCCAUCUCUAGUUUCACUUUGCUUUUUUGUGUGACACAAAUGUUUUAUUGAUGUGGCUUGUUAAACAGGCCAAGCGUCUUAAGAGGCUCUAGUUACUAGCUGGGAGGAGCAGCUGGUUCGUGUGCAUGCUUGUCUUGUGGAGAUGGAAAGAGAGAGGUGUUAAGCAGCCCUGUAUAGGGAAGUUUUUUAAUGUUUGAUGUCUUACUGUGUUUUAAUUUGUUGAAAGCCACCCAGCGUGACUGGGGCAACCGAGUCAGAUGGGCGGCAUAUAAAUUUACUACUACUACUACUAAUUCUACUACUGUGAUGUUAAAACAGCAGAAAUCCUCCACUGAUUACAGGUGGAAGAAAACCCAAUCUUUCCUACCACUCCUAUUUGGGUGGCAACAAUAUUGGAAGGGAUAUGGGGGCACUGAAUGCAACUGAAUCAGGAACUGGAGAGGUGGCCUUGAAUGAAGCCUAACAGGAAAGGUUGCUUCAAACCUCCAUUCCAUUUAAGGAGCAGAGCAGACAUGGCUCAUGGACAAACAAAAUAAUAAUAAUAAUAAUAAUAAUAAUAAUAAUAAUAAUAAUAAUAGAUAGAUAGAUAGCAUUAGUAGUCUACCUUUCCUUCAAUGAGCUCAAGGUGGCUUAUAUAGUUGUCCUCUCCAUUUUUCUCUCACAACAACUCUGUGAAGUAGGUUGGACUGCGAGAGGAAGUGGUCCAAGGUCACCCAGUAGGCUUCAUGGCUGAGUAGGUGUUUGAAACCUGGUCUCCCAGGUUCUAGUUCAACACUCCAACUGGUACUCCACACUGGUUCUCUAUAACUUAAUCAAAGUUGGGUUAAGAAGUAUCCUCUUCAUUCAUUCAUUUGAAGUGUUUCUGUACCGCUUUUCAAUAUCACCUGGGCCCGGGAGAGGGCUUUUCACUAUACUGAUGCAGCAAGUGAGAAGGCCCUGCUCUGAGUGGGUGCUUAUCUUGAAACAACAAACGGUACCUCAAGCAGGAUCUCAUUGGCAGGCCAUUAAAGCACAAGGUGUGUGUUCAUUAGGUUCAUUUGUAAGAAAAAAUAAAUUUCCAAAAGUUGUAGGAGGCAGACCUAUUGCACUCUUCAAAUGCAGGGAUGGCUGGCUGAGUGACCUCUGGCCCUGCAGAUGUUGCUGAGCUACAUCUCCAGCCCCAGGCAGUGAGCAUGGCCAGUCAUCAGGGAUGAUGGAUGUCAUAGUUCAGCAACAUCUGCAGGGCCACAAGUUAGCCACCACUGCUUCAAUACUACAUUUCUCCCUAGAAUAGCACAUAUUGAUUUUAGGCUGUGCUGGGGCAAAUACAGUCCACUCUUAUAAAGCCCUCACUGAUAUGAUGCAUUAACUUUAUUUACAGUGUCUGACCUCCUGUGAGGAGGUCAGAACAUGUAGCAAAAUGUACUUCCGGCCCGCAGACCACUGUUUGGAGAAUAGACUGGCCCCUGAGAACAUAGAAGUUGGCCUAAAGUCUUGGUCAAGAGUUGUGUGUAAGAGCACAGCCAUAUGUAAGGGGUUAGCAGUGUGCCAGUAUUAGAUUCUGCUAAUUGGCUCAGCAUUAGCAGGCUGAAUGCCUUAAAAAGAAGUUCACAUCUGUAGAGAAUACUCCAGGGCAAGGAAAGGGUUGUUUCUCUGAUCCAACAUGCAUUUCUAAUUUUUCUCUCUUGUCCACACUUUCAGGGAAGAUGUUCAAGUCUUUGGAUCUCAGUCUUAUUGUGGAAUUCAUACUCAUGUUCUAUAAGGACAAGCCCAUAGACUGGCUCCUGGAUCAUAUCCUCUGGGUAAAAGUCUGCAACCCAGAGAAAGAUGCAGUAAGUUAACCCCAAAUUAGUUGAAAUGGUCUCCUCCUAACUUAUGCAGAUGUGCCUUUUAACGAAAUGAUACUGAAAUUAUGCAGGGAUUCUGCAGUGGGUCUUUUUUAAGGUAUAUUGAAUCUCUUUUAAAUUAAAACCUGAAUUCUGUAAAGGAUGGAAUCACUUGUGGAGAUGUUAAGGAAUACUGGGUGUUGGCUGGAGGGGAUACAAUUUGUGGUUCCUAAAAGCUAUUACAAGCCACAGAACUCCUCCCUCUGGCAUGCUGUGAGAUGCUGCCCAAAACAAGAGAGUUCCUGGCACUGGAGAGAGAUGGGCUGGUUUGCAUUGCUUUGAUGCAAAAUGCUCUCCAAUAAAAACACAUCAAAUAGUUAGGUGAUGAAGUAAUUCUUGCAACUGGAUGCAAGGUAGUCAGAAGAUAAUCAUUUGUGAUAUCAUACUUAAUGUUUGCUUAUUCUUAAGAGACAACAUUUAGUACCCAGAAUAAGACUCAGCUACUGCCUACCUCCUUGCCUGGUUCCAGUCUACCUUUAGCUCCCACAUGUAGCCUUUUCUGGAACAAACAAAACUUGUUCGCUCACCCCUGAGCACUUAACGCUCAGGAAAGACCAGCAGUUGCCACAGAAAGAAAUAUCUACUUUUCAAAAGCGACACUUUGCUUCCGCUCAGCUGAGGCUGACUAAUACCUGGUUUGCUGGGUGGACACUGAUUUUCCCCGGGCUGGGAUUUGCCUUGUGGUUUGCUCUGUGUCAAUAUAAUGAGGUGUUGCUGGUGUUUAUCUUGUUUUCAAGGCCUUGAACUAGAAGAUAGUUUCAGUGUCACUGUGCAUCCACCUUCGCUUGCCUUCCCCUUCCAAAUUCCCCCCUCCCGCCCCCUGGCAUGCUUUCCAGGGGAUCCUGAGAGCAUCUAAAUCAUUGUCUAUUUUAAAAUGUAACCUAGUUCCAGCAUAGAUUUCUGGCUCCCACUCCUGCUGCUUGCCUGAUUAACUCUGCACAACAGUCUUUUAAACCAGACUUGCUCUUGUAAAUCCUGCUGUGUAGAAUCAAAUUGGUAACUUGUAGGAUUUGUCUCCUUGAUUGAAAGUUUGCCUGACCUGAGGUUUAGUGGUGAAAUGCUUUGCCUGAUCUGAAUAUCUCUUCCUUUUGUCUGAAAACCAACUGUAGCUGCUUUCAUUAGCUGCAUCGGUAACAACAAUAAGAAGGCACAAGGCAGAGAGUGGAACCGCUCUUGACUGCUGUGUCCCACUUAACAUCAGGCAGGAAGGAGCCCUUUGCUAGCUGCAUUCAGGAAUUCUCUCAUGAGUGGAGCCAGGUUUUUAAUUUUCUAAAGUAAUGAGAGCUGGAUUAGGGGAUUAUCUUGGAGCAGGGCUUCAGGGAAUAUGCCUGCAAUGCCAAGUGUUGCAGGUAGUACAAAUGGUUUUGCGAAGCAACCUGUGUCUGUGAGAGAGGGCUGCCUCAAGGGGCCCCUUCUUACACAUAUUAGGUAGACAGUUAUAUUGGCAGUGGAACCACAGGUGACUGCCAUUCCUAAAAUGUGCAAGUUCUUGGUCUUAAAAAGGCCUACCCAGUGGGAUUUGUGAGUUCUAUUGUUAUUGUUUUCUGUUAUAUUUGUUUAAUAAUUUCCUAGCUAAAGAUUAAUUUAGCACCUCACAUUGAUAAGAAUGUACAUCCAGACCACCACUUCUUGGGACCAGCCAUAAAGUAUGUCACACCUCAAGAAACGAGGGGGGAAUGCAAACGUGUGACAGACAGAAUUUUUGUAGGGGACAAAAAUGGGGCAGGGGUAGGUGAUGCCUUAAAAAAAGGUCAGAGAGUGACAUGGUUUGGGUAGAUUUCAUUUUGCUUUGUCUUUUGCUGCUCUAGUCCUCCUAAUGGUUGCAUGUUUUCCUGCACAUAAAAUUGCAGGCUAAGAUUUUAAAUAUGUUUUCCUUAAUAAAUGCUGGCAUCAGGCAAUCACACCUUUUAUACACCCGUUUGCCAUUUGCCUCAUGAAAGGGAGGCAGGGCAAGGCAGUGGGAAAUGACCUUGGGAAAAGAUAAUAAAAUAGUAUUCUUAAGUAGGCAGCUUUAGCUUAUUCUAAGAGAAAUUAGCAAGCGAAAUUAACAAGAUGAAUUGGCGCAAGGGUUCAGCGGCAUACAUCUACAGACUUUUAAAAGAGAAAAAAAGCCUCUAGUGAUGGAGGAGGAAGUGUCGAUAAUGAGUAGACAAGAAGAGAAACAGCUUCAGACUUGCAUCUAGACAAGUUUUGUAUUUUAGGAAUGUGGUGGUAGAAGUGAAAGUGGUAUUAGGUGCAGAUUAUACCUCCUUUUCACAGUACUAUAAGUAAAAGAAUAGUCUGCGCAUGUGCCAACUUCAAAAGCUUAUUUGCUCAGCGCUUAGUUUCUCCUUCAUGCCUAUGUGUCUCUAUUCUUCAUAAGUCUCCUACGUGCAGCAUAUUUUCAUUCACAAAUGUAUUCUCAAACUCUCCCAGGUGACAGAGUUGGGCAGGGGAUUUUUUUUAUUUUAAGAAAAAGUGCCACAGACUUUCUUGGUACCACUCUAGAGUUGAUCAAAAUUUUCUCUUUUACAAACUGAUGGUAGAAACAGAAGGUGGCUCAGUUUCCUCUUAGCAAAAUGAGACAGUUGCAAUGAGCAUCAGCAAAAUAGUAUUUUAUGAACAAAGAAUACAAACAUAUGAAGUUGGGAGGAAGGCCCAUGAUUUAUCCCGACAGCUACUUAAUUAAUUUAACAGUAAUGGCACAUUCAUGAGACUACACCAGCCAGAAGGUCAUAGCGUCCAGAUUCCCAAGGCUGCCUCUUUCCCGCCUCCUUCCCAUUCCCUGACUCUAGCAAGUUGCUAGAGAUCAACAAUACAUUGUUACUCAGGCUCCAUAUAAACAGCCAAGCAUGUAUCAACAAAACGAAGGGCAAACAUGUGUGCACAAGUUUAUAUAUUUAUACUAAUCAUUAUGUUCCUCUUUUAGAGUUGAGUCUAGCAGCCUGGCUCAGUUGAAAUCCCAUUAAAGAACACAUUCCUGAGCUGUACUUCAUUCUGACUCACUAGUGGUGACACCAAAAUUGAGCUGGACAGCUGAUCUCAAUCCAUAUCCAUCAUCUUUUAAACAUUUUUAAGAAGUUGCAAUACCAGUCAAGGGAAGAUAGUGGUCCACUUGGAACUAGACCUUCAUACCAACUUUGAUGUAGAUGAAAGCAUACCUGUUUUAAGUGUGGCAGAAACAUUUUAUACACACAUUUGCUGCAUUCUGAGGUAUUUGUUUUCAGGGUAGUAAAUAUGUAUUAAAAAUACUUUCACAACACUUAGGCUGUGUACACACUAUACCUUUAAAGCAUGUUCAAAGCACAUUCUGUCUUUCAAAGAAUUCUGGGCAUGGUCGUUUGUAAUUCUGUGUAGGGUAAACUACAGGGCCAAGAAUUAUUUGAGGGAUAGAAUGUGUUUUAGUGUGCUUUAAAUGUAAUAGGAGGGAUUCAAAGUACAGUCAUACCUUGGAAGUCGAACGGAAUCCGUUCCAGAAGUCCGUUCGACUUCCAAAACAUUCAGAAACCAAAUUGCGGCUUCUGAUUGGCUGCAGGAAGCUCCUGCAGCCAUUUGAAGCCACAGAAGCCCUGCCAGACGUUCGGCUUCCCAAAUAGUUUGCAAACCGGAACAGUCACUUCCGGGUUUGCGGUGUUCGGGAGCCAAAACGCUUGAGAACUAAGCUGUUUGAAAACCAAGGUACAGUGGUACCUCGGGUUAAAUCCUUAAUUCAUUCCGGAGGUCCAUUCUUAACCUGAAACUGUUCUUAACCUGAAGCACCACUUUAGCUAAUGGGGCCUCCUGCUGCUGCCACGCCGCCAGAGCCCGAUUUCUGUUCUCAUUCUGAAGCAAAGUACUUAACCUGAAGCACUAUUUCUGGAUUAGCAGAGUCUGUAACCUGAAGCGUAUGUAACCUGAGGUACCACUGUACGACUGUAGUGCAGUGGCAGUUUUUUAGUCAGCGCAAGCAUUUCAGCUUGCCCCAUGGAACAAUAAUCUCUCUCUUCCUCUGCUCCACUCUUCUGGGGUUGUCUCAACACUCCCCAGAGCCCAUUUCUGGAGCUUUACAGGAGAGAAGCCACGUUGUGCUAGCAGAAGCACUUGUGCUGGCUUCCUCUAGUGCAGGGGUCAGCAACCUUUUUCAGCCGUGGGCCGGUCCACCAUCCCUCAGACCACGUGGUGGGCCGGACUAUAUUUUUUGGGGGGGAAAGGAAUGAAUUCCUAUGCCCCAUAAAUAGCCCAGAGAUGCAUUUUAAAUAAAAGGACACAUUCUACUCAUGUAAAAAACUCUGAUUCCCGGACCAUCCGCAGGCUGGAUUUAAAAGGCGAUUGGGCCGCAUCUGGCCCCCGGGCCUUAGGUUGCCUACCCCUGCUCAAGUGGGACUCAUUAGCUGAAUCCCACCCAUUGUGUGUACACAGCCUUAGGGUGAAGAAGGAAAUAGCAGCUUAAGUGUGGUUUGGACAUGCCUUCUUUGAAGCCACUUCUUUCACACUUACAGGUGAAAAGUAAUUGUGUCCCAAAUGGCAAACUUGACUGAAAGUGGUUAACGAACCUAUUUCCUACUUUGUGCUUCCUCCUAAGUGGGAAGCACAAAUCUUGAUAUAUAUAUAUAUUAUUAUUAUUAUUAUUAUUAUUAUUUAUUAUUAUUUUAGAAACAUUGUGACAGACAGAAGGCAAACCUGCGGAUACGCUUCAAGCCCUCACUCUUCCAGCACGUAGGAACCCACUCCUCCCUCGCUGGUAAAAUACAGAAGCUGAAAGUGAGUAUGUGACGUCAUAGCACUGGGAAACUGCAUCCCUAUGCAUUGGGCAAAUUUAUAUGUAAAAUGUGAUAAGUUUUCAAAUAUGUGUAGCAGUUUAGGCAGGGAAAGCAGGUGCUUUCAAAUGCAGGUGCCUUCCCUAGGGAAGAGAGGUCAGUUGUGCUUCUUCUGCAGAGAAGGAGUGGAUGCGUCACUGACAGAGUAUGAAAGAAAUUGUUAAUGGCUUGGAAGCAAAGGCGAGGCAUCGGGGUCAGGAGCCAAGGGAACUGGAGCAUGGCAGGUAUCAACUCUGAUUAAUAGCUGCUAGCUAGCGUUCAGUAGCUAUGUGUUGCAGCAGCUUUAAAAGCCUCAUAUCAGCAGUGUUCUUUGGAAAGUGAGUCUGGGCAGAGGACAGGAACGCCAUGCAAACAUUUGACUGUAAAACUUGGGCAUUAUGAUACAUUCAAGAGUUGUACUAGUUUCAGGGAGCUCUACCAAAACUACAAUCUAAAGAUCUAGUUCUAGGAUUCUUAAGUUUCUCCUUCUCUCUCUCUCUCUCUCUCUCUCUCUCUCUCUUUCUUUCUUUCUUUCUUUUCCACCCUUUCCCAAGGAGAGGGCUCAGGAGAGAGGGGUAUUGCCAGAGGCAUCACAGAAAUAGGGAGUUUUGAGGAUAGAUUUGAAGACAGAGUGAGAAGGGCAAUGUUGCAUGUGUUCUUGGAAGGGAGUUCCAGGCAUGUGGGGCAAUGUGAGAGAAAGGGCAGACAGAAGCUGGGGUGGGGUGGGAGGGAGGGAGUUUGAAGAGCAGCAGUUAUGCAAACUAAUAUUUGCUUAUUUGUCUGUUUCUCUUUGCUUUAUGUAUACCCCUUAAUAGAUUUCUUUAUUUUUGAUUAAGAGGAUUAAUUAUAUAUUUUUUCUAAACAAAAAUAAUAAUAAACAAUCUUAGUCAGGGAUAUAUUGACAUACAAGCGUGGAAAGAAAAGGGGAGCCAAGGCCAUGGUGUGCUUUUGAAGAUAAGAGUGAGGGGUUUGUCCUGGAUCCCAGGGUGGACAGGAGGCCAGUGCUGAUAUUUAAAGAGAGGCAUCACAUCAUCUGAGAGACUGGAGUGAUGAGAGAGGUGAAUGAUAGAAAUGAGUGGCCUGAGCAGUGACAACAGAAGCCCAGCAAGGAAAAGAUACAAAGGCAGGAGAUGACUGGAUUGUGAACCAGAGUUUCUUGCUGGAUGUAUUUUCACCAUGUGCAGGCAGAAGUGACAUGACUUUGGUGAUGGACUGAAUAUAUAGAGGGAGCAAAGCGGAGGGAGAGAGCAGAGAUAAAGCUAAGGUUUUUUGAAGCCCAAACAGCAGCCUGGAUGGUGAUGAUGUUCAUUGGCUCAGGGGAUACAGAACGAGAGUGAGGCUAGGGAGGAAAGAUUUUAAACCCCCUUAAUUAAAGCAGCCCCACCACUGCCAUCAGAAUAGCAGUAUUUCCACAAAAGUGCAAUGGGAGUAGGAAACACAGUUUUAUAUAGUUUAAAUUGUUUUGCUUUUACCUUGCAUGUUGAGGACAAAGAUUUUGGAAAGCAAGCGCUUCGAAAAGAACACGUCAACCCUCCUGCAGAAGUUAGCACCAGUCUGAAAACCUACCAGCACUUCUCCUUAGAGAAAGCGUAUCUGAGGGAAGAUUUCUUUUGGGCAUUUACCCCCACGGCGGGUGACUUCAUACGCUUUCGCUUCUUUAAGCCCCUACGCAUUGAACGGUGAGUAUAUGGAGAUUUGUGGGGGAAGAUUAGCUUGACAUUUAAAAGUCACUCAUCCCCUCUCCCCUGUGGUAGGACAAGAGUUCAUCUGAAAGGCAGGUUGCGUCUCAUCCACUCAUCGCCCUGCUUCUCCCACAUACGGCCUUUUAGCUUUCAGUUCUGCCUGCACAGCCUUACAGAUAGUAAACUAAAGCACAGAUGAAAUUAAUUGGCUUUUUCAGUUACAAAAGGAAUUCUACCCAAGUCUCAAUGGUGCCCAAGUCACCUAGACCCCAUCUUGCUUUCUAACAGGGUAUGCUUAAUUAGGUUUUGUUUGCUUUGGUUCCGAUACCAUUGUGAAUCAUGUGUAGUCAAGAUUUGAGCGCUUUCAUGAAAGUUCAGCCUGUCUCUGUGUGUUUCCUCCCUUUAGUGGCUCUAUGACUGAGGUUUUGCCUCAUUUUGAUACCACUAAGAAAUAUUCAUCUACAAUAGGAAUGAGGAACCUGUGGCUCUUCAGAUGUAACUAGACUUCAAAUCCCAUCAGUCCCAGCCAUUGAUAUGAGGCUCAUGAGCGGGAGAAUUCUGUUGCACGCAUGUCUUGCUUGUGAGCUUCCCAUAGGCAUUGGGCUGGCCCCUCUGAGAGCGUAAUGAUAGGCCAAGCAGGGCUUUUGUGGUCCACCGGUCUCUGGAGGGCCACAAGUUGCCAUUCCAGGGGAGGAAUUCAACGUAGUGCUGAGUUUAUUGCGUCAGCUUGCCAGACAGAAUGAUCUCCCUUCUCCUUCCCCCAUGUGGUGGUCUAGGGGUUCCCCUAACACACACGCUCCAGACAAUUUAGGAAGGCGGUGGGAAGUGAGAGGGCAAAAAGUCCUAUUGUGCUAGCAGAAGAAUCUUGCACUGGCUUCUACUAGCAGAACUCAUGAACUGAAUCUGGCCCCUGGUCUACAACUUAAAUCAUGUUCAGGAAUUAUGGGGAAAAUUGAAUGUGGUAUGUAGAAGUCCAUUUGUUUGUUCAAUUUCCAUGAGCAUUUAAUGUCCGGGGUGGGUGGGUGUUCUCCCUCUCCCUCUUGAUUUGUUAACAUGGGAAUGUCUUGUGUGUGUGGCUUUAUCCUUCCCAGAAUCCGCUCAGGAAGCACAGGGAGUCACUUCUUACUUUUCCAGCUUGGUAUCACUGAAUAGUGAACUGUUCUCAUCACAGGAGUAGAUAAUUGCACUUCUUACUGAUAUUCAUUCAUAUGCGAUGGAGUGCUUAAUUUGGAAGCGCAAUCAAACAAUCAAUCCAUAAUUAGUUGUUUGUGCACUUAGAGUCAUCUUUCUCUCACAUGCGGCUUUCUGUGGGAAGAGAGGCCCCUGUUGGGUGAGCUUAUGCCUGGUGGGGUCCUUCUGUGUUACAUGCCCCGUGAAGCUGUGCAUUCAUUGCUGGUUCCUGCCCCACAGGUUUUUCUUUCGCAGUGGCAAUAUUGAACACCCAGAAGACAAGCUCUUCAACACAACUGUGGAAGUGUUACCUUUUGACGUAAGUUUACUGAGCUUACCAUAGGAGUUCAGGUGAGGUGGGAGACCAAGGUUUAGGAGAUUAUAACCCAGAUUUUUGUUACUUUGUGGUUGGAUACCAUGAGAAGAAUAUGUAUGGGGUCAACAGGCUUAGCAAUGGAAGCUUCUGAGAAGCCUGUGCCACCUAAUCUGAAUUCCAAUUCUAAAUCCUGAGGCAUUAUUCUGAAACCUAGGAGCAAGCCUGCUUAUUUGUUCUCUAUUUAAAGUACACUACCUGUGGCAGGAAAAAGGUAGUCCUUACAAGGAAUAUUUUAAUAGACUUUUUUUUUGGGGGGGGGGUCCUUGAAAGCAUAGAGAAAGUCUUCCAGCAACCCAGUAUGCUGGAGUAAUUCUGUGUCUCUUAAAAAGUAAACAUUGCCUGAUGUUUUAUGACCAUAGUGGUUUAAACUGUACCCGCAGCAGGCUGCCUAAAUCCUUCUUCCUGGCUUUUUGCAAAGAUUGUCUCUUUUCCUGCACAGAGUCUCCAGUCAGAUAAGGAAGCCCUGCAGGAGGGAAGAGCAACAGCAUUCAAGUACCACAGGACAUCUGACGGCUACAUACAGAUAGGUAAAUUGCUGGUUCAAGGCAAACAGCAGCCUGCUGGUUGUGGAUAAUGCACUGUGGUAUGUUGCUGUUCAGAUAACACAAUUACGCAGAGAGUGAUUGCAUGGAAGGUUUCAGGGGUGAGAGACAAGCUUAUCUUGAAUUAAUUAGCAUCUCCCACCCCACCCUUGACCUGGAAUUUAGAGUGAAAGUCAUUCACUCAGAACACACAUGACAUUUUUGUCAUUUUCCCAAGGGUUAGAAUUUGCAUAUGUCUUCAUUUUAAAGACUUUGCUGAGGUGGAUUUUCUCGGCUAACACUGUGCAAAUGCAAAUGUUGACAACACUGCAGAGGUCAAGAAGUACGGAUAAACCUGAAGGACGGAAAGAACAGCUUGAUUAUACAGUUAAUCUCGAAUUGUUCUUUGGGGCAGUAAAAAAAGAAAAGAAAGGAAAUGAAAAGUGUUUUCUCUUUAGUUCUCUUCUUAAGCACAUUGAUGGGUGGAAUCAGUGGAGCUUGUUCUCAUGUGGUGUCUUUUUAUGAUUGGAGCUUUGGUGCUCAGUGGCAGAAACCAUUCACUGAUCCUGCUGCUCUUUCUGGGCAGCUUCCAGCAUCAUCUCCUCUGCCUACUUGCUUUCUGAAAACAAUUUCAGGAACUAGGGGAGCUAAUGGUUACAGGUUUACAUCUUCCUGCCUGUAGGAAUGGUAUCUUGUUGUGGGUCUGAAACCCUACUCUGAGCACCUUCCACAUGUGCCAGCCAGUGGCUGUGUCAUGGUUGAUUUGUUACCAGUUGUUUUUGUUUUUUUAACAAGUCAAAAACUAUGCUAGGGGUUGGACUUAGAUUACAUACUUCUGGCCCCAGUAACUUUCAGAUCUCACUGAGCGUCUAUGUGUCUGGGAUUGGGGGAAGGAGGACAUGGAAGAGGGAUGUUUUGUAUUUGAAAAGUUGUAAUACCUCCAGGGAAUAAGCAAAAGCAAAAGGGAGCAAGAGCUGUAACAUCAGAAGUGGUCCUCAGUUUUAUGCAGUUAUUUUGUGUGAAUCAGAGAAUUCCUUGAUUGUUGAGAGGCACAAGCUAUAGCUGAGCAAAUAUCAUAGCUGCACCAUGUAAGCAAUCUGUGCAUUCUUAUUGCUAGAAUGGCUUAAGCCUCAUUUAGCACCAAGUCUGAGGCUGCGUACACGUUAGUGGCUUAAAAUGAAGCAAAGUCAUUAUUCCCUGCCACUUUUCCAAGUCAUAUUUGCACAUUUCUGUACACACCAGAGGUAUGUCUUCACCCAAACUGCAUUAGCUGUUUGGUUUUGCUGUGCCUUCAAACCUCAUUUAUGAAGCUGUGAUCUGCACAUGCCCAUCCCAGAGGGAUUGCAGUCCUCUUGAAAACAGGCUGUUUUGGAAUUUGAAUAUGAUUUAUGAGCACAAAAUACAUGUGCUAUACAUCUCAAUGUGAACUAAGUCCAUAUGUAUAGUUAGUUGUCUGUCUCUUUAAAAUGCCCUUGAGUAGGUAUCCAGUCCUUUCCUGGCCACGGCUCACUUGUAAUUUAAAGUCUCAUUGAAGUGGCCUUUGGGGAACGUUAAGAGAAAUAAGUUGAGAGUGGGAAGAGUUUAAGUGGUGGCAGGAAAAAUGGAGACUCUAGCAGCGCAGGAAAGGCUUUGCAGAAUUUGGUGGACUUUUGAAGGCAGAGGAGGUGACUAGCUGGAUAAGACAGGAAGUGUUUUUCCAGGCCUAGGAAACUCCAUGAUAGCUGCAGCAGGAGAGGGCAGCCAAAGUGGGAUGAUGUCACAAUGUCCUUGUGCAAAACAGGGAAAGCAAGGAGAGAAGCAGAGGCAAAUAAGAGAGUCUGCAUUCCAUGCCAGAGCUAGAAGCUUGGAUUUGAAGUGCAAAACAGCAGGGUACCAGCGUUGAUUGAGGAGAGAGGGGACAGGAUUGCACAGGGCGUGACAGGUGGGUGGAGAAAUUUUACCAAAGGUGUUUCUAGUUGACACGAGAAAGGAAAGACUGCAGGCAUAUUGAUCAGGACAAGAAGUUACAGUAGACUUGGAGAGACAGGAACUGGUCGCAAAUGAUAAUUUUAGCAGAGAGAAAAUAAUUGAUUUGGGAGAUGUUGAAGAGGAAAAAGAGGCAAUGCAUGGUAAUGGCUGGGAUAGCAGAAAGAGAGAGGCAAGAAGAUUAUUCCCUGCUGCUUUUAAGAUGGCUGCUCAUUUAAUGCAGGCAUAGAUUUCAAGAGUACAUCAUAUCCAUACAUAUCUUCAGUUAGCAAGGGCAAAUCUGUGGAUCAAUAGCUAUUUCCCCUUCAAAUGUGCAGAAGUGGGACCAGAGAUGCCAGAGACGUAGGAAGGGGGGGGCGAUGAGGACGGACCACCCUGGGUGCCCUCACUGAGGGGGAUGACAUUUGGCAUGCCACCCACCUGUGACUCCCAAUUCUACCCUGAGCCGUCAGGGUAAGGGGGGAGCUGCGCCACUUUGCUGGAGGCGUUCCCCCCUUCCCCCUUCGUUUUGACAGUUUGGGGGAGGCUUGGGUGUCGUGGGCAGGUGGCGCGCUGAAUGUCUGCCAGUGGCAGCUUGCUCCGCCACUGGCUGCAGGGCACCCGAGUGUCUAUCCUGCGCCUGGGAGGGCACCCUCUGUGCCACGCCCCCCUCAGGAGUGCGCCUGCCCUGGGCAGCGCAGCCAUAUGCUCCGCCGCUGCCAGAUGCCACUUCUAUGCACAGUGCUAAGAACAAUUUGUUUAUUUAAUAGUUGUCACUGGGGUAAAUCAAAGCACUGUGUUGUAUGUAUAUACAAGCUUAUGCCUUGCAUGUAAAAGGCACCAGGUUCAGUCCUUGCAUCACCAGUUAGCAGGGAUCAGGUAGCAGGUAAAAGGCCUGUGAUUUUGGAGAGUCAUUGUGUGUGUGUGUGUGUGUGUGUGUGUGUGUGUGUGAAGAUUCACAUGUAUUUUUUAUUCUGGUUUUUGUUUCAAAGUACAAGAUGCCAGGAAUAAAGUGGCUCUUACAUUAUGAACUGCAGGUAGCAGUGUCUAUGAAGAUUUGUAGUUGUUUAGUCAUUUAGUCGUGUCCGACUCUUCGUGACCCCAUGGACCAGAGCACAGGCACUCCUGUCUUCCACUGCCUCCCGCAAUUUGGUCAAACUCAUGCUGGUAGCUUCGAGAACACUAUCCAACCAUCUCGUCCUCUGUCGUCCCCUUCUCCUUGUGCCCUCUAUCUUUCCCAGCAUCAGGGUCUUUUCCAGGGAGUCUUCUCUUCUCAUGAGGUGGCCAAAGUAUUGGAGCCUCAGCUUCAGGAUCUGUCCUUCCAGUGAGCACUCAGGGCUGAUUUCCUGAAGAAUGGAUAGGUUUGAUCUUCUUGCAGUCCAUGGGACUGAGUCUGCUCCCACACCAUAAUUCAAAAGCAUCAAUUCUUUGGCAAUCAGCCUUCUUUAUGGUCCAGCUCUCACUUCCUUACAUCACUACUGGGAAAACCAUAGCUUUAAGGAAAACCGUAGCUUUAACUAUGAGGAUUAGAGCCCUGCAAAUAAAGCACAGCAACUAGGAGAUUGUGCUACAAAUUGAGAAAUCCCUCCUUCAAAUAUCACCCCUGUCAUUUUGGCAAACUGCUCUUCUCUCAGCCUCAGCCAUAUGGCAUAAUACUGACUCUGAUUUGCAGGCUUGUGGCAAGUAUGGCAAGACAGUAUACAUGAAGAACACGAAGUGUCAGAAAGUGCAAGUGAAAGGGGACAUGGUAGAAGUUUGUAAAAUUAUGCAUGGCAUGGAGAAAGUGGAUAUAAGAAAAGUGUUUCUCCCUCUUUCGUAACACCCAAACUCAUGGACAUUUGAUGAAGCUGGAUGUUGGAAGAGUUGGGACAGAUGAAAGAAAGUCCUUGUUCACACAGUGCCUAGUGAACUAUGGAACUCACUGCCACAGGGGCAGUGAUGGCCAUCAACUUGGAUGUCUUUAAAAGAUUAGACAAAUUAAUGGAGGGCAAGGCUAUCAGUGGCUAAUAGACAUGAUGGUUAUAUUCUACCUUCACUGUUGGAGGCAGUGUACCUUUUAUUACCACUUUCUGGGUAAUACAGACAGGCAGAGUGGUGUUGCUCUCAUGUCCAGCUUGCAAGUUUCACACAGGUAUGUGAUUGGCCCCUGUGAGAACAGGAUGCUGGACUAGAUGGGUCCUGGGUCCAGCAGGCUCUUCUGAUUUUCCUAGGAUUCCUAAUGGCCUUUGAGGACACUCCUUUCCUUUUCUUCUCCCUCCAGAUUUCCAUUUACAUCAACAACAUGCAAUGCUUUUUAAAGCAGGAACUUGCCAGAACUCAGUUCUGGCACCUCUUUUUCUAGAAAAAAUAGCACUGACAACUGGCACUCUCCAUGUGCCAUCUUAGAUGGGAUGUUGCAUGUGUGUGUAGGGGCACCCCCUUUAUGUUAUGGAUAGUGCCAUUUUCAUUACAUAAGGAUCAGUACACAGAGAAUGAAUUCACUAUUUGAGAGAGACUGAGAGUGAGAGAUUAUAAUAUACGAUAAAGCAGUGCCACCUACUGGACAGCUGCAGCUUUGCAAAGCAUAAAAACAGAACUAAACACAGUGGUAUCUCGUCUAGUGUCUACCUCGCCGAGCGCCUGUUCCGUCGAAUGUCCGCGGCAAACCCAGAAGUACUGCAACAGGUUACUUCCGGGUUCGCCACAUGUGAAGAAGUGCAAACCGCUCCGUGCGCAGAUGUGGCACUUUGUCCAGCAUCCUUUUUGGCCAGCAACUGGGACUCCGGAAUGGAUCCCAGUCGCAAAACGAGCUACUACUGUAGUCUUUUAAGUUUCUUCAGGGGAGGGAAGAUUUGACGUUUGCAGCCAUUCACACCACAACUUAGUGUAGUGAUAUUGUUUGGUGGUCUGUAACUGUCAUGUUUGGAUGUUGCUUCCACCUCCAAAAAGCUAUUAUUUGGGGACCGCUAGUAUGGAGGUCAAACAUUGUGCUCCCUCAUCAUGUAAUGUAUUAAGAAUAAGAUGUCUCAAGAACGCUAUUUAAAACAGAUGUCAAUAGCCACAUCCUUCCUCUUGGGCAAUAUGGUAUUUUCUUUCAGAAAAAACCUUUGUGUGUCUACAGGGCAUAACUCAUUCACAAGGUCGUUAUUACUACUACAUAUUUGUUAGCUCUGUUAGAAAGGGAAGAGGUCAAUGUGUAAAAAUUGGACAUUUGAAACAUCUACACUGAGCUAGCAGGAGGUUCAUCACUUGGUCGUCACGAAAUAUUCAGAUGUGUGUCAUGUGGCAUUUUAAUGUUAACAUGACCACGCCAGGCUUGCCAUACAUAUUUUGGGUGAUAAGUGGCCCAUGACAGAGAGUAACCCUGAAGUAAGUAGGGCAAUAAUAUUGUGUGACAUGCUCAUCACUUGAAAAUCCAGUCAUGCAAUUUCACACAAGGCGUGGUUUUUAUAAACCGGGUCAGCUUGUAGAACAGUGGGUAGGAAAUGUUUCCUCAUGAGCAUGCUCCACUACAGCCAGUCAUGUAAACUGAAAAGAGGAGUCUGUUUUAGGUAGUUCCACUGACUUCUCUGAAGGAGGGAGAUGGUGGCUUAGGAGCCACAGCAGUUACCAUGACUGACUGCAUCUCACAUUGCAAGUGGCGCCCCUUCUUUUGAGCACAGAGGCUCCAGUGCAUGCCUUGAAAUUUCUAGGCAUGACUGCAUAUGCUGGAGCCAGCCUGCAGAAAUGACCCCGUUUCAUCAUGGAGAGCUGAGCGUGCAGUGGUGUUGCUGCUACUAAGAGGAACUGAGAGUUGUCCUGAAGUUUUUUUUCUUCGUCCAUUGUGCAGGCUCUUUUUCAAAGGGCAUUGCUGAAGGAGAAGUGGACCCUUCCUUUGGGCCUCUGGAAGCAAUACGGCUAACCAUCCAGACUGACUCUCCCGUAUGGAUCAUCUUGAGCGAGGUAAUGUGUUUUCCUUGGAAAAACUCCCUUUAUAAGGGUGGUGAUUACAGCAGCUCUGACUUAACCUUUCCGCCAACUGAUCUGUCUAGGCGGAACAGGGAAAGAAAGUUCUUGAAAGAUACAGUGCCCGUUUAGGGCCAUUGCCUGCAAUGCCCCAGACAAUUCUAUCUAGGGCACAGUGGGGAAUUUAAAAAUUGUGGCUUGUAACUGCCAGGGGCUGAGCACAGAUGCCAGUUGGCAAUGCAACCUGCCGGGGAUUCUCUGGGUCUUUCCCCAGACAUGCAUUCAGUAAGUAACCACAGUAAUUGACCACAGUCCUCCACAGAGACAGGCUUAGCUUCCUGACAACCACUGUCACAGGAGCUGUCCCCCACCCCCCACAACUCAAGAGACCUACCUCCCAAAGCCAGAAAGGAGAAUGUAUGUUGCUUAGAAGAUAAAACACACUUUGGUGCUCAGGUGAACAGGAGUGGUUUGCUUAUUUGGUUGUUGCAUGGGGCUUGUGAGGUGAUGCAAACUGAGUUGGUGAAAUAGAGGCUUGGUAGUCAGAUCCUCUAGGGACGCGGGUGGCGCUGUGGGUUAAACCACAGAGCCUAGGACUUGCCGAUCAGAAGGUCAGCGGUUUGAAUCCCUGUGACAGGGUGAGCUCCCGUUGCUUGCUCCCUGCUCCUGCCAACCUAGCAGUUCAAAAGCACCUCAAAGUGCAAGUAGAUAAAUAGGUACCGCUCCGGCGGGAAGGUACACGGCGUUUCCGUGCACUGCUCUGGUUCGCCAGAAGUGGCUGAGUCUUGCUGGCCACAUGACCCGGAAGCUGUACGCCGGCUCCCUCGACCAAUAAAGCGAGAUGAGCACCGCAACCCCAGAGUCGGCCACAACUGGACCUAAUGGUCAGGGGUCCCUUUACCUUUACCUUUAGUCAGAUCCUCUUGACAGCAGUUGCACCCGCCUGCAGUUGUGAUUUUAUGUCUUAACUGUGAAAUCCCUCCCCAUUUCUGACAACGAUUUCAUGCUGUGAUUUGCUUCAGGUAUGGUUGUCCAGAAGAGGCAAAACUCUUUCCUCUUGCACUUGGCGUUAAUUAAUAGGGCAAUAUUCUAUAGGAGAAAAACAGAUUUGCCAAGCUCUGACCUUUUUCUGUUGUUUUGCUAAUCCCAUGUACUUCCAGAUAUUCCUGAAGAAAGCUGACUGAACUUCAAGACACAGGGAUAAUGCACAAUGUGGCUGUCAGCUCUUCCCCUCUUCUUCCUCUUGUCUAUGAAACUGCAGACACAGCAGAAUAGGAGCAGCCUAGUCAAAGGUGCCUGCUGAAGGGCACCUGCUGCUCCCAGAACAGGAAGAAAAUGUUGGUGGUGAAACUUGGCAGGGCCUUAAGGGUUUCUGGACCACAUUUACUGGGAGAAGAGAAGCAUUUUUUCAUGCACAGGUGCUGGACUGUAUUUAAAAAAUGAAGCACUAGUGCUGGCCUAUCUUGGAUCCAGCUGCUUCUGCAGCUACAAAAAGAGGACCUUGGAGACUAACGUUCCGUGUAAAAGAUUUGUUCUCCCCCUUCCUUUGAGCAAGGACCACACACUAUCCCCAUGCCUCUUCCUCCCCCUCCCCCCCCGGCCCCUUGGGUGUUGAUUCCUGAAUGUAUCACUAAAGGGUGCAUUUAGAAAUACGGGUUUAAGGACUAUGAAGGCUAACUGCGAGGGCAGCUCAACUGUCAAGCGAAGCACUGACGCAUCUUGGGAGCAAAGCAGACUGCACCUCCGGCCCCAUGUGUGUAAGUAAAAGCAGUUGCUCCAGACUAAAGCUGAGGAUUAAAUAUGAGGGGUAACUGGUCUGGGGUGGGAGGGAAGGGAUGUAUGGAGGGAACAGAAUGGCAGGGAAAUGAAAAACCACACUGUGCCUGCCAGGGUUGUACAUGUGCCCUUCAUACAAUAAGAGUUCCUGUCGAAGUCUCCAGUGUCUUCAUGCCUUGAGAAUGAGUGCUAAAGUCCAUCCUUUUAAAUCCAUAUCUGUUAUUUACUGAUUGGUGUGAAUUUUGGAGAAAAAUAAACCAUGUAGGCCAGUCCUCAAAUGGUAGGGAUUAGAGUAAUUUAAAACAAAAAAAACCCAAUGUCUCUAGCUAUACACUGGAAUGCGUUAUACUACUUUAAUGUGCUGUAUUUUUUAUUAUUGGAUACAUUUGAUUUUUAAGUAUAUCUAUAUAAAAUAUAUAUAUUAAAAUGUGCACUGUAAAAUUUUAAUUCA